AUGAGCGCCAACAGGCAAGGAAGCUCCAGAAAUGGCAGACGAACUUCGCCUGGGACUCCGAAGUCGCCUUCUUCGGGAGGAUUAAGUUAUCCUACGAUACGACAAAGAGGUUAUUACUCCGAUAUUCUAGGAGAAGGAUCAAAAGUAGAGCUUGGGGUAAGUUUGAAGGAUCAUGCAGACUUAUGCAUAAUCAGUUUAUGCAACAUCCAAAGUGAGAAGAAUAAGUGAAACUUGGAAUAAGUUUUUAAUAUGACGAAAGUCGAUUUUCUGAUUCCAGUUACAUACAUGUACAUUUUGCACACGGGCGUUCAAUUCAUAAUGCUCCCUCCCUUUCUGUGCUACACUUUUUCUUUUCACAUGCAUGGAAAACUACUCACUGACAGAUUAAAGCAACAAUUAAAUUUUACAAGGAACGGGUUCAAAUUUGCCUUUGAGCUCAAAUUACACGGUUUCUAAACAAUUUAAGAUUAGAUGCGGUAACUGAUGUUUUAGGAUGAACUGCAUACUUUGAUAUUCUGGAUAGGAGUCCUAAUUUCGAUGACUUUUUGAAAACAGAGUAUUACUGGUGGUCCAGCAGCCUCCAGAAGUACAUUAUGGAAAACUGCAAAAGUGAAGCAUAUGCCGGAAGGUAAUAACUUUUAGUAAUGCUUUACACUUAACAUUCCUUCAGUGGUAUCUCACUGUUUUAUCCACUAAGGAAGCAGGUCAAUUUUGUCCAUUCGGUAUGCCAUUAUUUUUAAGUUCUUGUCACCUUACUGAUAAUUUUUUACUGUAUACCUGGUAAAUUGUUCAUUCCAUGCACAUGUGAAUGCUAUGAUCACCUUUUCAGUUCAAACGUUCAAGGGACCUAUGUCUUCUCAAGCACUGAGUUCUCUCCUAAAGGAUCAAGUUCAUGGACCAACUACAGCACCCAUUACAGUUUCUGUAAGUAUUGAUUGCUUUGUUCAAGAUUGGCAGUUGCUGGACAUCCUCGUGUCUCUCUUACCACAAUGGUGUCCCAGAGAUUUAUAUCCUCUAUGUUUCAAUACAUGUACACUUAUGUUUUUUUCUGCAGGACUUUCCUGAAAAAUCUUGGGAGCCCAAGGUGCAACUCCCAUACAAGGCAGAGCCAGGCCAAGUUCCUAGAAAAAUCGAAAUUGAAAGGUUAGUUUCCUCCUUUUUUUUGCUAAUUUACUUUCAUGUCAUAUGGUGUAGGCUGUAGUUUUUACAAUCAUGCAGACUGACUUUAUAUACAUACUUUUCUUUUUAUGUGUAUUCAUCAAGUUUACUGUAUGUUGCUCAUUGUUUAAUAAGUUACAAAAUUUCCAAUUUUUCCUUGGAGAAAUUGGGUUAUGGGAAAGGAUUGAUGCAAGGUAUAGAGAUGUGCAACAAGGGCAUGUGUUUUUAAAUAUUAAAUACUUCUCAUUGAGGAGACUACCAGCUAAUUGUUGCCUGUUUUGAUAAAUUAAAGAAUAGAAUAUAUUUUUUUUUAUGCACAAAUAAAAUUACAUUUAUACACAAAUGAAAUGAAAUAUCCUUAUGAUGGAUAUGGUACCUUACAUCCCUUCACAGACAAAAGCGCAUAUUUUCCAAGCAAGAUAUUAACACACUACUGGAAGAGCUUGGAGUCAAGACAUCUGAGCUUAUGCCCAAAGGAGACUACAACAUGAGAGUUAAUCUCACAGGACCUGAUGCUGCCCCAUUUCCUGCCUUCUUACCUCUUCACAUAUUUGAUGACACAGAAUUUGAUUGCCGCAACCCAAAUGAGUGGUUGGAACUAGGCUUAGUUGAUGGUAAACAACAUCCAGUACCAGGAAAAGCACUAUUGUUGAGAGAGAGAGGGAAAAAUGGCAAAGGAUAUGCAUGGACAGAUGUUGGUUCACUAGAUUAUGAUGACAUGAAACAGUUGUUUUUGGUGCAAGUUGUUGGUACAGGAGGCCUCCAGCACAAUGUUAUCCCAGCAGCAAAUGGAGUGGUGGAAAAUGGCACAGUGAAUGGUGAAGCACAUGGCAAUGAGGAACCAAAAAGGAAACGUUCCAAAGUUGAAGGUGCACAGUUUUGGGUUCCACGAAUACAGCUAUUGUUUGCUGCUGAGGAUCCAAUAAACUUUGCUGAAAGAGUAGCCAAGGCAUAUGCCCUGCGUUGUGAAACAGAGGCUUUGCUCAGGUACAAUCUGUAUGUUGAUUGCAUGCCUAUGGAUGGAGUGGUCAGGCUUGAUCCCAGCUCAUUGGAAAGAAUGAUCACCUGGGCUAAAGGAACUAGAACACUGAAGAGUGACAAGAGGUACUUGAUUGAUCUUCAUUUAAGCGUAAUUUUUUCCAAUCUUUGGGCAGGAAAGUUCCAGCACUAAACAUCUACAUACUGUACAUGCAUGUUUUAAGUUUACCACCCAUCUUCAUACUGAAAAUUGAACAGCUUAUUUGCAUGGGAAUACAAAUGCAUUAGCCCAUAGUGACUCACUUUUGGCCUGGAAGUCAAGAUUCUCUAGUGUGAUACAGCUACAACUAUUUAUCUUUAUGCAUGUAUACAGUGUUGGUUAGGCUAAGUAAAGCUGUGGGACCAUGAACAUACAUCUUCUUCAUUAAGAUUGUGAUGAUCAUGAGUUACUUUCCCCCUUAUUCCUACACAGUACUCCCAAGCAUUGAGCCAGUGCCUAUAGGGAUUCAUUUAAAUUCCUGGUUGGGAAGAGGCAUGUCAGAAAGAAGAGUCUCUCUAAGCAACACAUAAAACAUUCCCCCGGCCAAUUAUCAAACCUAAGGUCAUUUAUUCCAGAGUCAAAGUUGCUAAUGAUUAUGUCACCUUGCCUCCCACAAGUGAGAUUAAAAGUUAUUGUUCAUUUAAACCAAUCAGCAUUUUUUAAUGAUUGUUAUUUAUACAGCUUGGAUGAACAUGUGCACUUACUGUCUAAAGAAAUCCAAGUAGACUUCUCACGCAGCAUGAACAGGAUCACAUUUGACAGGAUAGUCAAUAGUAAACCAGAAACAUAUCCCUUUGUAACUCUUCCUCAAGAGGAGGAAGAGGUGAUUCCUGAACGAGGUACACUAUAAAGGUUUUAAAUGUUCUAGUUGUAGAAUUCAUUCAUAUACGUCAUUUUGCAUUUAACUUAGUAAGUAAAAUGGAUGGGAGGAGGAAAAAAAGUUGAAACUCCAACUUUAAUUUUAGCCAGAAGGGGUUGGAAAACAAGAUCAGACUUUGAACCCAUUUCCACCAGGUUUUAUACACUGCAAGUAAUUUCUUUUCCAUUAAUUCAAAUGGCAUGCAAAGUCUUGAUUAACUUGGUAAACCUGAUGUAAAAGCACUCAUCUGACUUCUUUUGACUCACCAAACAGGUGUCAUCAGAAUAAAUCUCUUCUUGUAGAGAGAAGGAGUGGGUGACUUAAAAGUUGGAACAUGUGAAUUAAGCUUGUUAUGAGAAGGACAUUUAAAUCUAAGAAUUGGGGUUUCAGUUAAUAUGCCUUCAAACAAAAAGUUUAUUUUUACUGCUAAGGUCAGAAAACUGUGAGCACCUUAAAUAUUUAUGGAAUGUGGUUUUGUUCCAUGGAAAAAGCUACUCUGAGGCAUGAAAAAAAAACUAAACUAAAAGCAGUAGUCUUUGGUAAUCAGAUUAUGGUUUUGAGAUUACAGUUUUCUUAGUGACCGAGUGGUCUUGUAAAAAGGAUUUAACUGUAUGUACCAACUUGUGCCACUUUAAUUGGACUCCAUGAAUUCUCAACCUUGGUUAAUUAAUGAGUCUAUUAAGAAUUUUUUUCUGCUCAUUAAAAUUUGGUUUUUUGCUUUGGCUGCAAGGAUUCCACCCAGAUGUUCCUUUAUAUCCCUUUGAUGAGAAGUUUGAUGACUUUGCUUUCAACUGUUUGCUGACCAGAGAGGAAGCCAUAGUGGCUAUGGCUAAAGUGAGAACUGAAUGCAACAAAGUUGCUAGCAUGUCAGUGUUCCAGGUUCCUGUGUCAAAAAGUAUGAAACUGGAAGAAUUUGAGCAAACACAAGCCCAAGUCAGCACACAGGUAAAGAAGUCUCUUUGUGUUUAACUUGUGUGAUCAAGCAAUUGGAUGUAUUUACAGAUGGUGCAGAGAGUUAACCAAAAUAUGUGAACAGCACCAGCAAUACUACUAUUUACUACAAAUUGUACAAGUACAGCUAAGCUUGUAGUAGGUAAACAUGCCCUACAGUAGCUAAGAUCUAUUUCACAAAAUGUUUCCCAAAUUAUUUGAAAACCCAUAAGGUAAUCAAAAGAUCAAUGAUUUCCAAUUUGAAUUUACUGUAUAUAAGCUUUUGUUAAUGCAUAAAUUUGAGACAAUUAGAUAUUAUCUAUGGUUUUAACUGAUCAUGCAUUUUUUUGCCACCAUUGUUUAUUAAAUUUCAGGUACAAAUAUUUUUGCGGGAUAGCUGGUUAAACACCCUCAGAACAGCUAUCCGCAGCAGCCUUUUGGAUGUGGGAAAGGGAUGGUUUAACAUGGAGGAAAGAAACUGGGAGGUUUACCAAAUCUCUAAGUUGGCCAAAUUUAUGCAGUUGGUGAAAUUUGCCAUGCAGGUGCAGUGAACAAAUUUUGCAUCCUCUUUGAAUACAUAAAUGAAUACUGAUAAUGUUUAAGAUGUGUCUUCUGACUUGGAAAUGUGAUACAUGUAGAUUGGAGAAACUGAAAAGACUGUAGUUAAAAUUAUAACAGUUUAUCAACUUCUGACUCUUACACUGUGGGCAACCAAAAUUACUUGGUGUACCCUGCCCUAAUCCUCCUUGCAAGUUUUUGUUGUACUUGUCUUGGAGUGCAUCCUACUUCAUGUGCAGUCUAGAAAAAACUACAAACAGUGUACAGGUAGUCUCUCCCUCAUGUUUGGCAAUAUUCCAGUCUCCUUAUGGCAAUCUAUGUGAUUUUUUUCUACUAGGAUUCACUGCGUUACUUGGUACAGGAUUCCUUGGCAGCUUUUACUCAGAUGAUCCUGGAUGCCACCUACAGUGUAAUGGACCUAGGGGAAGACUUUGAUUGGGGUGAAGACAUCAUAAACAGUAAUUACAAGUAAGUACUCAUGUCAUUUGAUGUCAAUAAUUGCACAUGUUUAUACACAAGUCUUAACUACAUGUAUGGCUUUUUGAAGAAAGUUUCAAGUGUAAGAUUUUGAUGAAGAUAAUUGUUUUUUGGAAAAGUAACAAGUCAGAAGUAGAUUGAAACUUACAGGAGUGAACUUUUUAUGUUUCUGUUGUGAUAAAGUGAUAAAUAAUUCUCAUGGAAGUUCCAUGUUGUGUAACAUGGUGGCACUUUUGAAAAGAUCUACUAUGUGUACUUGUUUUUGUAUAAUUGUCUGAUAUAUUGUUUUUUGGGUGAGCAGAGGCACUGAGUUUUCUCAAUAAAAGUAGGAAUGAAGCAUGUAAUGGUACUUCAUAAUGUCAAGGAGCUGAAACUCUAAUCAAGGAAAACUAAUGAUCCUUCUUCAAAUAACAAUCAGACCUAAAAAGAAUGCCUUGUUCAUGCUGGACCUAACAAUGGAGAAGACAGGAGUUCAGUACAACACUGAUCUGGAGAGCUUUGGCCGUGUGGUGAUUGCACUGUUCGACAAGGGCAUCACAUGUACAAAGAAUGUCCCACAACUGGAGAAGAUGGUGAUUGAAGGCUUAUUCUGGAGUGGAACACCUCUGCUUGAGUCUGUUGGUGAGAAUGAACCAGAGGUGGUGAAACUAAGAGAAACUGUACGACAGGCGAUCAAAAAGUCACUUAUUCCACUGAGAGCUUAUGCCAAGCAAUAUGAAAAGUACUUGGAGCUGUACAAUAUGGAUAUAAAUCAAUAUCUAGAGUGAGUAGCUUUGUUUUAAACUGCAGCAUACAGCACAUGGGAGAUGCAGAUACAUGAACAGUAGCCUGCAGAACCGGCGGAUUAGCGGGGCCGAAGCGCGAUACAUGAAUGCGCACUCGAAGCGCGAGGCAAAGAAGAUCUUUGUCUCACGCUUUGCGCGCGUUCGUGUAUCACGCUUCAGCCCCGCUAAUCCGCUCGUUCUUCAGGCUACAUGUACAACUUUGUAGCUUCAUUUAAAGGUUUCUAAAGUGGGUAACUUUUCCCAUAUUAUAGGAAAAUAUGGGUUAUGCUUGGUCCAAAAGCAGAUGGCCAACGCACACGCAAAACCUUCGCACGUUUUUCGGUUAUGUGCUUCUGGCUUGGUCUCUAUAAAUUGCAUGUUAACGGUACAUUUCAGUAUGACUGAGCGAAUCCAGAACUUGUGCCCUGGGACUAGUUCAAGUGUAUGAUAUAGAAUGUACAAUACACACCCUAAUCAACUAUAGAGCCUCGGCAGUGCGGUAACCAACGGUUGUACAUGUAGAUGUUCAACUCUUAAAGUGGUGCUCACUCAAGCUUUGAUUGAAAAAAAAUAUAUACAUGUACAAGUUUCAGUUGUUGUAUAAAGUUAAAAUUUUAUAUUACUAACCGGAGAUGUACAUGUAUCUGUGUAUUGGUCUCCGGUUGAUUGUGUAGUGUGAUUGUCUGAAUAAUGGUAGUUCGGGAAAAAAAAAUGAAAGAUGAAAACAUUUCGUGGGUAGAUUGGCUAUGACUCUUACAGAAACAUUUUGAUGAUCUUUGUUGGUUGCUCCCUGGUUCAGACUAUUUCUUUUGUAAUGGCCUACAUGUACGAAAACGAGGGCCAAUAAAACGUACAGACACGUUUUUCAACGGAAAGGUUACUCUCUGAGCUUUGCUGACUUUGUUACACUCAAAUUUUUGCAGGGAAUACGAUUCACAAGAACGAUCUGCAUCAGAAGUGAAACAAGAGAUUGAACGACAUCUCAAAGAUAAAGAGACUUUGGAGAACUCUCUGCCAUCGAGCAUAGUGAUUGGUCCGUACUGGAUCUCUACGGAAGGAGUCAGACAGGCGCUUGCAAAGAAACGAAAAGCUCUGGCUAAUGCUGUUAUUGAACUGUUGGCCAAGAAACUUCGUAAACAAGCAGAUAUGGUGGGUUACAUUCGCUUGUCACUUUUCAGUCUGGGCAAUUCUUUUUUGGUUAUUACCUACCUUUUCGUCAAAGAGCCAAUGUUAACUUGUUUUUUCUUUUAAAUAAAUUAUAAGAACAAACAGUAGAUGUAAGACAAGAUGUACUUAAAGACACCAUAACCGUCGACUGAAACAAACUCACGCUAUUUUACCAACAAAAUCACAUAACCUUCGGCGUCUUUACUGUCUGUCUAUGAAAGGUAUCCGAUCAAGUCGCCCACGAACCAGCUCGCCCACGCCAACUCGCCCACUCAUAAAAUUACCUCAAGAAGCCGAGCUCAUUACAUAAUUAGUCUCGUUUUAAGUUAAUGUUUGAUGUUUUAUGGAAUUAUUAUAAAAUGAUUGAAGUUUCAAAAACGAUUCGUUAACGAUUUUUUCGUCUAUUGGGUGUAGACCUUUAUCGACGAUCGUGCUGGCACUUUUCACCUGUUCAUUAAGAACCUUACUUAACCUGCUAUCAAGCCAACAAACAAAUAAUCCAGUGAGUCAAUUUUGUUGUCCAGGUCUGUGAGGAGUUCAAAACUAUUGCACGACAGUUGUACGACAAACCAAACAGCAUUGAAGAACUAGCAGAACAAAGAGAGUAUAUGAAGCAGAUUCCAGAACAGCUGAAGAAGAAUCAGGAACUGAUCGAUAAGGCCAUGAUCGACUACGAACUGAUUGAGGAAUUUAAUUACAAUAUCUCAGCGGAGGAUUUUAAUGCCAAGUAAGUAUUCUUAAGCUGAACUAAAGAGCGCCCAUACAUCUUUACCCUUACGCGUAUCUUCCAUUGCUCUUUCCUCUAUGAGAAGAUUUGCUCUUGAAUGUACCCACCUGCACUCGUGAAAGUCGGGAUGAAUAAGCUCCCUCUCAAAGACUCUCGAGUUACUCUCACCUCGCGGGCCUGAGGAGUUCUUUUAAUUGUAUGUAAUAUUCUCUUUGAGUACUUAUUUUCAUAAGGCGGUAAGAACGGCCUUUGUUUUCUUUCAGGUGGACUUGUAUCGGUUGGCCUCAUAAAAUCCAGCUGCAGAUGGAGGCGACCGAAGCAAACCUUGAAGCAGACGAGGAGAGAUUCCAGAAGAAUCUGCUAGCAGAUCAGAACACCUUCCAAGACAGACUGGAUUCGCUGAAUAUGGCUGUAGCAGGAUUUGCUGCUCACACGGAUCUCAGUAAAUCACAUGAGGUGGCGAAUGAGGUGCGACGUCUGACUAAACAGCUCAAGGAAUGCCAGACGCUUGCCACCACCUACAACAACAGAGAGAGGCUGUUUGGGCUACCUGUCACAUCUGUAAGUCACGGUUCGCUUGUUUGUUUGUUUGUUUGUUUGUUUUCAGUGCUUCACACAACAAAGUUUCCAGGCAGCUAGAUAUCACGUGACCAAUGAGUACACGUACGCGAAUUACGACGCCAUAAAAUGCAAAUACCAAUUCACUUUCCACAUUCCGUGAUCAUUUUUUUCAACCAACGUGUUACACUGCAUAGCAUGUGCAUUUUCUUAGAGAACGAGUGCUCAGUACUCCGAUCGCCAUAUUGCUCGACCCCCUUCCUCCUUCAGUCUUGUAUUAUUCUCACAAGCAUCUUCUUAGAAUACUUUUCUAUUCGCUCUUAUCUUCCUCAAUAAUACAUUUCAUUACUGCGGUUACCACUGAUCAGAGUUUAGAGUUUAGAGUUUAAAGUUCUAUACUAAUUUCAUAACUCAAUAUUACCAAUAUUUUUAUUAUAUCUUCUCGUUGUGAAAAUUCUUCACAUUUAUAUUUAAGUUUCCUGUGGGGAGACAGAGUGAGGAAAAUGGCAUAUUUUACCUCAUGUCUUACUCCUUUUUCGCACAAGAUGCUUUGAUACUGCUGAUUAUAGUGUUAAGAAGGACGCUUGCCACAUAUGGACUUCAGCCCAGCUCGUUAAAGGGUUGUUCUUUACUUCAUUUUUAGAACAUUUAUCAGACUGAUAAACCUGACUGAAUAGCUAAGGUUUGAGUAUUCACUGAGACUCGUAUUUACCCUUGUCUUAACGCUUGAAAAUUGUGAAGUAUCUUUCUUUCCUGAUUCAAUAAAAUUAACAUACACGUACUGUAGCCGUUGGCCACAGUCAACAGUUUGGAACCUGACUAAGAUAAUAACCACUCAUGCGACUGGUAGUUGGGUGUUAUGCGGUUCCAUAACACAUGCACAGUCUCUAAACUGAAACACUGUCAGAUUGUUCCUCUUGGGAAAGAGGGGAAUAGGUUUUAAAAGCUUAAAAGCUCUUACAAACCCUCCACACGCGCGCGAAUCGUCGCCUGUACGUGCUACUAACCUGUACAUCUAUGUAACUCUCUACAGUACGAUAAGCUUGGCCGUUUGAUCAAAGACUUCGAGCCUUUUAAAAAUAUGUGGCUUACAGCUUCCGACUGGCAGAAAUGGUACGACAGCUGGAUGAACGAUCCACUUACAACAAUCGACGCCGAACAACUGGAACAGAAUGUGAGUAAUGCGUUCAAGACGAUCUUCAAGUGCGUCAAACAUUUCAAAGAGAUCCCUGCUUGCCAAGAAGUUGCCAUGGAGGUAAAGGAAAAGAUUGAGAACUUUAAGCCGUACAUUCCACUCAUCCAAGGCUUAAGAAAUCCUGGAAUGCGAAGCAGGCAUUGGGAACAGGUGAGAUGAAUGUAACAUUUCUACCUAAAUGUCCGCCAUUCUCACGCGAAGAGAGGCUCACCCUCUUAUGCUGGAAGUAGUUCAUUUGCAGCACGAAAACUGGAAAAAAAAAAAAAAAGAAAAGUAGUCGUUAAAUCGCCACUUCUUAUAAACUUAUAUAAUACUCUUUCCUACAUUAUGAUUUGCCACAGAAUUUCGCAGCACAUGCUUUACUGCAGACGUGUUUUGUGUCUGGUUCAAUCUGCGUUUUGAUAACGGAGAAAUUUCGCAGUUACCAAAACUGUUCGUUUAGUUUUAGAGGUGGGAUUUUCAAUGGAGCAGAACAAUUUUGCGAUAAUUCUUCCUGUCUCCAACACUGUUGGACACCAUUGCUACAAGCAAUGGGUCUGAUAGUGUAUGAUAUCACAUAACCAGUUCAGUUAUUAUCUUUUCUAUUCACAGUUGUCCAAGGAACUCGGCUCUACUCUUGUUAGUGAUACGAAGAAAGCAUUUUAUAGCCAGUCUUUCCACCUGAUGAUGUCAACACUCUUAUACUCUAUUCUAUGAUUAAACAUUUUUAAAACAUGUUUUGAUGAACCCAUUUCGCGUCCGUAAUUAGGAGAAAAUGUUGCUUGUAACAAAAGUAACUGCGAUCGAUACUUUCUCCGUCGUCAACACAGACUCAUUUUACGGAUCACUUUUGACGACUUAUUAUUAUGCGUUUCAUUUACCGUUUUUAUUUGUAACAACGAUGAAAAGUUCAUUUAAAACGAGUGUUCAAAUUUGAUGAAUAUUUUUCCAUUAUCCCUUUUUUCUGAUGUAGAGAAUUAAAUUACAGACAUAUUUCUGUCUGAUACGAAAGCUCAUGAUCUAGUUGUAAUAAUUACUGUCUUUAUUACUCAGUUAUCCAAAGAGCUUGGUUUUCCAAUCGUGGCAAAUGCACAGCUGACGUUUACAAAGUGUCUAGAGAUGAAGCUACAAGAUCACAUUGAGGUUAUUGCUAAAGUAGCUGAGAUCGCUGGUAAAGAAUACUCCAUUGAACAGGUAAACAUAUGACAGUUCUAACUUUUUAAAGUUCAUACAUAUCUCAAUAUCGGUUUUAAGACUAGUAUCGUUCAUUAUACAUCAUUUUAAUGUUAAAAAAGAAAUAGAGAACGUUGUUAUGAUUUGUGAUUCAGCUACAAAAUACUAUCUGUUAACCUUGACAUUGAACCGUUUUUCUAAUUAGGCGCUCGACAAGAUGGAGUCCGAAUGGAAGCCAGUCAUGCUGGAGGUCAUGCCUUAUAAGGAAACAGGCACGUUUAUCAUGAAAGUCAGCGACGACUGCUCUCAGCUAUUGGACGACCACAUUGUGAUGGCUCAGAGUAUGUCGUUUUCACCGUACAAGAAGCCUUUCGAGGAGCGAAUCACCACCUGGGAGAGCAAGCUGGUGAUGACACAGGAUGUUAUGGACGAGUGGUUACAGUGUCAGCGCCAGUGGCUGUAUCUGGAGCCCAUCUUCAGUUCAGAGGACAUCAACCGACAGUUGCCAGUUGAAAGCAAGAGGUAUCAGACCAUGGAGAGGAUAUGGAGGAAAGUGAUGAACAGUGCUAAGGGAAAUCCACAGGUCAGAGAAAUAACAGUUUUAGUCAAGUGUUUAAGUGUUUCAAUCUAUAAACAUCCAGUUCGAAUUGCGUUCGUCAGGAAAAUAAUCAAAACAACGCAGCGCUAAUUGAAACUACUUCCUGGUGUGAUUUCAGGUUAUCUCUCUGUGCCCAGAUGCCAGACUUCUGGAGAGUCUUCGUGAAUGCAACAAGCUGUUAGAACAGGUAAGAAAGGGAAAUCUUCGUGUAUUCAACGGUCCUGCUUGCAAAAGCAUAGUCUAGUACAGAACUCUUUAUUACUUCAUUAAAUUAACAUAUCAUUUUAACUUUAGGUUCAAAAAGGACUCAGUGAAUACCUGGAGACAAAACGUUCAGCUUUUCCCAGAUUCUACUUCCUAUCCGAUGACGAACUUCUCGAAAUUUUGUCUCAGACGAAAGAUCCUACUGCUGUUCAACCUCAUCUGCGCAAGUGCUUCGAGAAUAUUGCCAAGGUGGGUCAUACUACGAUUAUUACUGCUUGUUUUAGGAGUUCCUUCCUUCAUUACCAAGUUAAUAAGUGUAAAGAAAAGUAAUGUAAACGUUCUGUGAUUUCUGCUGUGUAUCACACGUGGCAUGCAGUUGAAGUAAACUUAAUUUGUUGAGCUUGAAACUGACUUACCUUCCUGUUCAACUUUUACAAAAUGUUAAGUUCAAAGCAUAUUUUCCAUUCAACUGUACAACCAUAGAACAACAAACUCUUAGACUAAAUCAGGAAAUUCUUAUGUCCUGUGCUUUGUAGCUUUCAUUCGAGGAAGACUUGCGCAUUUCUUCCAUGUUCUCCGGCGAGGGAGAACGUGUUCCAUUCAGCAACAGUCUGUACCCGACAGGAAAUGUGGAGGAUUGGCUGCUGGAAGUGGAGAACACUAUGAGAGGGAGUUUGCGAGAGAUUUUACACAGAGCCCUAACAGUGUAUCCAGAGGUAACUGUCAUUUAGUAUUAUGCAUGCAGCCGGCCGGACGAUUGAGUCGUUGUAAUAUUCGUAUUUAACGUUCGUAUUUAUGGAAGGGAAUCAGUCGAUUACGCCUCAGUUUGCAUCAGAUUACGGCCUUAGUUUGCAUCAGUUUUGGAUAAGUUGUGACAAUAUUUUGUGCUGUGUGGCAGACUUAUCGAGCAAAGCGUUACAGUGUUAUUACUGCGUGUGACUCUUGGUUUGUGCUGUAUGACAGACUCCUCGCACCGAGUGGGUGUUACAGUGGCCAGGGCAGGUAGUUAUCGCUGGAGCUCAGACUCACUGGACCAAAGAGGUAUCAGAAGCAUUGAUAGAGAACAGGAUAGACGAGCUCUAUAAGGCAUUAAUGGCUCAAGUAAGUAUCCAAAAAAUUAAUUUUUUGUCUUAUCAUCUUUUUAUUAAGAAAAGUUCUGUAUGUGGUGCUGACUACACCGAGCAUGAUUAAUCUCAGGCAUCCUAUAGCCACGCUUUAGCCAAAUGUUCAGCAGAAUUUUUUAAAAGGUGUAUUGAAGACAAAUCAAUAAGAAAAAAGACCUCAACGACUGGGUUUGUUCAACAGACUCAUAUGAAAAAAAAAUUACAGGCGAUUACUAGUAUUCACUAGUCAUAAAGUUAUUGCUUUUAACCAUCAGCUCAACGAUCUCGUAACUCUGGUGAGAGGAAACCUCAGUAAGCUUGCACGGAUGAUUCUUGGGGCUCUUAUCGUGAUUGAGGUGAGACGUAGAGUGGUUUUUUCACCACCUUUUCAAAGUGUGUGUGUGUGUCCAUUUUUGCCCCUCACUAUAUCGCAUGAAAAGCCAGUUCUUGAGCUGUCCCGAAAGUGACAACUGUCAUGUACGGCUAAUGUAAUACCAGGGAUGAACCGCACAUAGUCUUCUUCACCGUGUUAUAAGUCUUUAAUUAUUUUACUUUUAGGUUCAUGCUUGCGAUGUGGUAGCAAAGAUGAUCUCGGAGAAAGUCAAGAACGUGAAUGACUUUGAGUGGAUAAGCCAGUUGAGGCAUGUCUGAAUUUGACUACAGUUACUUUUGAAACUGAUUUUGCAAUUUUUAGUACCCUUCGAAAUGACUCCGCUUUUCUACGAACCUCCACAGAGAUGGCUAUUCAUGAAAGGAUAGUUGGAUAAGUAUUGUGGGUUUCAUCGGCUGGCCGUGACUGUGACCUGAAGUUAUUCUAUUAGACCUGACAUCUUUACAUUUCAUUAUAGGGUUAGGAACACGCACACCACCUAGUCUUCCUCAGUAGAUUUGAUCUUUUGAAUCAAAAGAUUCCAACCACCAGCUUUAUCUAUCUUUACGGACUCAAGAAAUCAAGAUAUAUUUCAGCUACAUAGCUAUAGUACACCUGUAGUUCUUAACGGAGACUUGGGCGCUUAUUCAUGUAACUUUUUAGGUAUUACUGGGAAGACGACAUGAUCAUUCGCGCGGUCAAUGCACAGUUCGACUAUGGCUACGAGUACCUAGGGAAUACAGGUCGGUUGGUCAUCACCCCCCUGACAGAUCGCUGUUAUUUAACUCUCACUGGAGCUUUGCAUCUGAAAUUCGGAGGGGCACCCGCUGGUCCUGCUGGAACGGGAAAGACAGAGACCACAAAGGUUUUUAGCAAAAUUAAUCUUUGUAUCGACAUUAAUGUGAUUUUUGUUUUUUAUGAUCAGAGUCUCGUCAUCUUCAUCACUCUGGAGGGGAAGCGUAACGAUGUGAGACUGAAGAUAUCUGGGAUAAAAUUAGGCAGUUUUAUAUUGACAUAAGGCCCCACCUUAUGACAUAGAUAAUGGGAGGUUUUAGACACAUAGGCUGAUGGAACUGUACUAGAUGAUUCUUCUGAUUAGAACAAUGACUUUACACUUAUCGGUCGCAUACCCGCUUCAUGUUUAGGAACAAGCCGAAGAAGUCGCUUAGAGAGCUGUUUAAGGCAAGUUUAUUACAAUGACAACUUGGUCUAAAUUCUUUGCUUUAAUAUUUUCAACAGGAUUUAGGUAAAGCCAUGGCAGUUCAGUGUGUUGUGUUCAACUGCUCUGAUCAACUGGAUUUCAUGGCCAUGGGCAAGUUCUUCAAGGGUUUGGCCAGGUAUACAGCUAAUUCUUAAAAUUCAUAAGUGUUACUUUUUAAUGUGUUACAGGUGGAGGUUUUAAUCAGACAGAAAGUCUGCCCUUUCUCUCUUGGAGUAAACACUGUGUUAAUGUGGUUUUUUUACCAGUUAAUGUCGUAAUUCAAAAAGUCUCCUAACAUUGUUACGUUUUGUUUUCUAGCGCCGGUGCUUGGGCCUGCUUUGAUGAGUUCAAUCGUAUAGACGUUGAAGUAUUAUCUGUGGUAGCACAACAGAUUUCCACCAUCCAACAAGCUUUGGAAGCGAGGGUUGGUAUACAACUUUCUGAAUUAAAACCAGUACACCUGUGCAUACGGCAUAGAUUUUUUUUAAAGCAAAGGUUUAAACGCCACUCACUUGUAGCUCCCUCUGAAAUUGAAACUAAGUUGAAAGAUUUUUCCACUGUCUGAUGUAUGCUUGCAGGCUGAACGCUUCAUGUUUGAAGGUGUUGAGCUGGCACUGAAGCCCUCAUGUGCUGUGUUCAUUACAAUGAAUCCUGGAUAUGCUGGAAGAACAGAGCUUCCGGAUAAUUUGAAGGUAAGUUUGUCAACCAAACACAGCGAGCGACAGGCAGAACGUACUCGUACUCUCUUCCACUGCUUAAGAGAGCAGUGCGUUAACAGAAUAUCAUCUUUGGAUUAAUUGUCAAGCUUUAGAGACUCCCUUUUAAUAAAAGUCAUUUGAAAAGUGUGCAAACAAACCUCAGCUACAGAAAAGAGUUGUAGAUGACAAGUCACUCGAGUUAGAUAACGUCUUAUGCUUACCGUGGGGAAGCUAUGACUUUUUAAUGAAUUUUAUGAUUAAAUAAUCUAGUCCCUUAGUUUAAAAGACAAUUUACAGAAUUUGAUAGAGCACCAUCUAAUGAGAGUGAUUUCACUGCAUAUAUUUCAUGUGCAAGUUUGAUUUUUUCAUUGUUUCUCAGGCUUUAUUCCGUCCUGUGGCCAUGAUGGUUCCAGAUUACGCGCUGAUCGCUGAGAUCAGUCUUUUCUCAUUUGGUUUUUCGGAAGCGAAAGCUUUGGCGAAAAAAAUUACCACAACAUUCAAGUUGUCAUCGGAACAACUCAGUUCUCAGGUUUGUGGAGAAAUUUAAUCUACUUUAUCUUUGCUAUUCGUACAUGUGUAGGCUGACAGGAUAAUAAUGAAAUUUCUCCAUAAUGCAAUUUUCAUAUCAAAUAUAAAGGCAAGAGGGAAAGGCGUUUUGUUAAGGUGUCGAGUAAAGUGUUAUCCAACAGUACAACUUUUCGUUUGGACCAAUAGUUCUACAAGUUCUCUGUAACCUUUUCUAGGAUCACUACGACUUUGGUAUGCGAGCUGUUAAGACUGUCAUAUCAGCCGCUGGAAACCUCAAAAGAGAAAAUCCAGAGAUGAGCGAGGUAAAGUUUGAUUUAGCUCAACUAGAGUUUUUAAAUUUUUUUUUUCAAUUAUUUGCUCUUCCAAGGUGUUCCCUCAAGCAGUUAAUGCUGAAUAGGUCUUAUUUUGAUCGUGUUGUUCUGUUGCUAUCUCCCUCCAGGAACUUAUUGUACUGCGUGCCAUACGAGAUGUGAAUGUGCCGAAGUUUCUGCAAGAUGAUUUGAAAUUGUUCCGUGGCAUUGUUUCUGACUUGUUCCCUAAAGUCAAGUAAGUAAUAAACUAAAAGUAAGAGGGAAAUUGAAGACAAAAACUUCAGGGGUGAUGCCAUUUAGUUUAAUUCGCGCGAAAAAACUGCACGAAAGCCGUAAGUGAGCCUGUCCAUAGCAUGAGCAACGUCACGCAUGAUAAUGAAGUUGUGCUUUUAGACUUGAGAAAGUCGUCAUUGCACGUUGUAAAGCUAUAGGAAGCAGCUCUGGAGGCUUUGAUGAAUUUAUCAUUGUUCUAGUUUGUUGAAGUGAAUAUUUUAUCAAACGUUUUUCCACAGAGAACAACCUAUUGACUAUGGUGAUCUGGAAGAUUCCAUCCGUAAGACGUGCCUGAAAAUGGGACUUGAAGAUGUGGAUGGAUUUGUGACCAAGUGCAUCCAGCUGUACGAGACAACAGUGGUCAGGCAUGGGCUCAUGUUAGUGGGUCCUACUGGAUCAGGGAAAACAAGGGUGAGUUUUCAGCACGUAUAAUCUUUGCUUUCUUGUUACCUGAACGAGAUUCUGAACUCUUAAUUUACUCGUUCUUCUUAUCCAUAAGUCAAGCUGAGACUGGCUGUUUUAGUUAAGUUGAGAUGCUUCAGCAAUUCCUUCAGAGUGCGUCUAAUUGAUUUGACCAACUAACGGAGAUACUACGAGCGCCCUGAUUGAUGAAAAACCUAUUUUAUUGCUCCGGUAAUCCCAUAGAAAAUUGAAACAUUUUUAUUUUUUUAAAGCAAAUUACCGAAAAAUAUAUGAAAUAUAUAUUACCGCAAUUGUGAAAAUGAUCAAUGAAGUUUAAGCUUUUCGAACUUACCUAAAUGUGGAAACUGAAUCGUUUAGAAAAAAAAAAUAUAUAUGUUUAUUCGUAUUAUGCCUUUUGUUCAAUGGUUUCUGUAGUGCUACGAAGUGCUUCAGAAAGCUCUGACGUCGCUUAAAGGUAAAGAUUCACCAGCAGGGACCCCGUAUGAAGAGGUUCACACGUUUGUGCUGAAUCCUAAAUCUAUCACUAUGGGACAGCUGUACGGAGAAUUUGAUUUGUUGACUCAUGAAUGGUAAGUGGGUGAAACUCGACCGUCUGUUUUCCUAUCAUAUCCACAGACUUUUGCUAGUACAUCUCACUUUUCUAUGAGUGAUGGCUUCAUUGAUGAAGCGUCUACCGUUGCUGUGAAUUGGCAUGCCCUGGCGGUAAUUUUUAUUUCCUAUUUUACCUGUUACUUUCCUCCUGAAUGUCUAGGACGGAUGGUAUCUUGUCUUCCAUGAUUCGGGUUGGCAGCUCAAGCACAACUAGUGACAAGAAAUGGUACCUGUUUGACGGGCCUGUAGACGCCGUGUGGAUUGAAAACAUGAACACUGUGCUUGAUGAUAACAAAAAACUUUGUCUUACGAGUGGAGAAAUCAUUAAACUAACUGAGGUAAGCAUAGAAUUCGACUUUUUAAUCUUGUAUAGGUCCUCAUCAUUGAGCUGAUCGGACGUUGUCGGAGUUGCUUGGCAAGUCAAUUAUUUUCGCGUUUUAUCCCUUGAUAUCCAAUGAUAUGAUAGGUGAUUCGCCCUUUAAGCUCCUAUUCUUUUACUUUUGAAUUUAGUGGAAGAAUUUGCCUUAAUGUCAAGGGAACUCUCUAUCCGUAGAGGAGGAGAAGUUUCCCGUUGGUCACCUCAGGGAGUUUGUUAAAAAAUUAUCCGGUUCUUCUCACAGGCAAUGACGAUGAUGUUCGAAGUCCAGGACCUUGCUGUUGCCUCCCCAGCCACUGUUAGCCGUUGUGGUAUGGUGUACUUGGAGCCUAGCAUCUUGGGCCUCAAGCCUUUCGUGAACUGCUAUUUGAAAACUUUGCCAGACGCUAUCUUUGAUCAUAAGGACAAGUUACAGUCACUCUUUGAUAGAUUCUUAGAGGUAUGAGUUCUUCCUACGAUCGCUAGCAAUUUAAUAGAGUUAGUUCAAGGGGAAAGCCGAAUCGUAUGAAAUAUAAUUGAAAAUGCGUUAUCUCUAUGUUAACAAGUACGUUUACGUUAUUAGUUUCUUAGCUCAUUUAAGUCAUUGUAAGUCUAAAACACUUCCUGACAAUAAUAUUAAGUUUAUAGUACUGCGAAGAUCUUGACGCCUGAACGUUGCACUUGAAUCAUUUUCAGGAUUCACUGAAGUUUAUGAGAAGUAACACAAAAGAGUUUGUACCGACUGUCAACAGUAAUCUAACAUCCAGCCUGAUGCGUAUUCUGGAUUGCUUCUUUGCUCCAUUUGUCCCUAAAGAGGUAAGAUAAAUAAAAUACGCAUUUUAUUGUGAAGCACGUUUUGUUAGAUUGUUGACAAAAUGCCAGCGAUACAGCGUUUUUCAAGAUCUCAGACGCGAAUUCUAAGUCAGAGUUAGCUUUUUCUUUAUUUAUUAGAAGUACUUUCAUAACGUUAGUUCAAUUCAAUGCUUUUUUUCAAUUUUGCUGUUAGUUUAAGUCUGUGGCUUAUAUACAGUCUUUGUCAAAUAGAAUUAAUAAGAACAUUUGAUUUUACCUCAUUAGGGAGAGACUAUUCGUUCAGAGCACAUUGCUUUGGCCGAAACCCUGAUUGAACCCUGGUUUAUCUUUGCUCUUGUCUGGUCCGUUGGAGGAACAUGCGAUGGAGACGGAAGGAAGAAAUUUAGUGAAUAUCUGAGGAAGAAAAUGGAUGACGAGAAGGUGAUUUUCAAUAAAAUAUCUGUACUUCACAGAGAAGCUCAUCAUUUAUUUAACAUGUCUUGAGCUCGAUUCUCUUUUGACUAACCUUACUUCGCACUCUUGAAACACAGGGAAUUGCAUCUGUUUACUGAUAGAGUAGAUAGACGUCAUCCGGCGUGGGUGGAAUAUAGUAACCUAGUGUAAUUCUUGCAAUUCCAGAUUACUAUGAUGUUUCCACGUGACGGUCUGGUAUACGAUUACGCACUAGAGGAUGGUGGAGUCAGUCGAAAGCACAGCAAGGAUGAUGACGAUGAGGAUGAACAUGCAGGGGAGGUGAGGGUGUUUUAGGCAUCUUUUCAAGAGGGGAGGGGUGGUGAAGAAAGAAAGUGCAUAAGAACAUUCUCGAUAUAUUUUGAAAUGUACAAAUCCUCUCUGUAUGAGAAUUGUUGCGUCGAUGGCACCUGCCGUUUGUGACCGUUCAGGAAAAUCUUAACGUUUUAGAGAUGGAAAAGAAAUGUUCCUCUAAAACUGACUAACUUUGACUUGGGAAAAUCGCAAGGAAGUAUUGGAAUGUAUUGUUCGAUUUCUCAUGAAAAGUUGAUAUUUCCAUUUAAAGGAUUUUAAUUUUCGUUUUGUCAUUCAAUCCUCGCAAGUUUCAUGAACAUAUGCUUCCCACUUUUCGUUUCCUUUCGAUGACGGCAACGCUACUGUUCUAAAUCAUUGUGUAUUUGUGUUACAGGUGAAGUGGGUAAACUGGAUGGCUAACAUAUCCAUGCCUGACAUUCCACCGGAGAUGAACUUCUCCGAUAUCAUCAUACCCACCAUGGACUUGGUCAGAGGUUCAUUUUUGCUAGAAACGCUGCUAACAAACAACAAGAAGGUAUCCAUAUCUAUGUACGCUACUGUGCCGUGAGAUUAGAGGCUGGACUAUUAAACGAUACCAUGUUAAGCAAACAACUGACGAGAGAAGACCAUCAUGUCACGAGGAGGGUAUUGUCUCCAUUAGUCUGUGUCUCGAAAUACUGAGACAACGCGAACACUGCUCAUCCAAUCCUCUUUGGUCCCAUCCAACCGAAGACCACUUUGUUGCCUUGAUCUCUUUAAAUACAGAUAAUAAUCUGGCAUUUGAGACUUAAUCGGACAUUUAAAAGAGAAAUAACAGCUACGACAAAAGCAAAGUCAAUUAAGGACGGUAACGACAACAAUACUAAGACAGAAACAGUGUUGUUAAGAUGAAAUUAUCUCUCACCUGUUUCUAGCCAUAGACGUUAGUCUCUUAACACUUAAACUCCCAAGAUCUCAAAGUUUAUUUUUCUCCUUUAGCUGCUACGCAUCUCCUCGAAAAUAAGUUACAAGAAUUUGAUAUGAAAUCAAGACAAUUAACAACUUCUACCUGAUAAGUUUGAGUAUUCUCAUUAACUGUUCGAUAAAUAACGUAUUGAUAUUAUAUUGAGAAGUUACAUGUCAAUUACUCUGGGAGUUAAAGGGUCAAGGAAAUUGCUACGAGGUUUGAGAACUUCAUUGCUUCCACAGGUGAUGAGUGUUGGACCAACUGGCUCUGGUAAGACUCUUUGUAUAGCCAACAAACUUCUGAACGACAUGCCUAAAGAGUUCCUGUCGCAUUUCUUGAAUUUUUCUGCUCGAACAUCUGCUAAUCAAACGCAAGAUAUUAUAGACAGCAAACUGGACAAGAGGUGAGACUGUUCGUUUAGUUGUGACACAAAAGAUACCCGAGUUAUGUACUGUUUAAACAACGUUAAAACGUCAGAAUACCGUCGCGUAUCUGACAUCAUCUUCCUGUUUGUUCUCGUGUUAUCUUCUCUUGCUUAAAUGUUCGUUUCCCUUCGAUAAUUUUCAACUUUAGUUCGUCAAUCCUUUAUGCUUGUGUCGAGUGCUCUCUUCUAUUGACGCAUUUUUGUCAAGAGACCGUGUUACUAACCUGCCAGUUUAGGUUGAUCGUUGACAUAUUGUUUCCUGCAGAGUAAAACGGGAGUAGAAAAUCUGAAUUCGCAGGCUUAAAUCCACCUGUUUUUCUCGUGUUGGCACAUUUUUGGCAUCUACUGUGGGUCUCCUGCUCUUCAAAUUUUGUAGUAGGUAGUCUUACGCCACAUUUACUCUCUGUAUUCAAAUUGCAUGUAUUUAUUUUCAGACGUAAAGGUGUGUUUGGUCCUCCACUGGGGAAACACUUCGUGUUUUUUGUCGACGAUCUUAACAUGCCUGCCUUGGAAGUGUAUGGAGCCCAGCCUCCUGUAGAAAUCCUGCGCCAGUACUGCGAUCAUAAGGGCUGGUACGACAGGAAGGCCAUUGGUACGUUACUGUGAUCCCAUAGACACUCCUUCACUUUUCUUAAUUAAGCUGAUUUUAAUUUAUAAUUUCCGCCGAUUUUCCACCAGAAAUUGAGAGGGGAGUAGAUGCUGCAAGGCUGCUUAAAUAAGGCUCAAACGAGCUUCGUCUUUAAUACAUUAAGUGGAAUUUUUUCUAUUUUUGUUGUUUUCAACCCUUUGUGACCCUCUUUAUCCUUCGCCUUCUUUGCUCAUUCUUAGUCUUUUAUUGCUUUUCUAUGUUUUCUUCUUUUUCAAAAUAUUAUUUUUAGUUUUAUUCAGUGUGAAGAUAAUUCUACUCUUCACCAAAAAAAUCACUUCAAGAAAUCCGCGUGACCUAGCUUUUAAAAGUAUCCGUGAGUGUUGAAGAAGCUCGCGCCUCUUUGCACUUUCCUCUUCAUUGUCUCAGUUACAUGCAUAAGUUUGCUGCAUGAAACCCCUUGGAAGAAGCAUGGAUGCACGUAAAUUUAUGUUGUGUCUUUUCCUAAUUAAGGAACCUUCCGUGAACUGGUGGAUAUAAACUUUAUAGCGGCAAUGGGACCCCCAGGGGGUGGUAGAAAUCCUGUCACACCUCGAUUCCUCAGACACUUCAAUCAUUUGUCAUUCACCGAGCUGGAAGAUGAGAGUAAACAGCGAAUCUUCGCUACAAUUCUCAAGUCCUGGAUAGGUAAGGAAUUUCAAGUGAAGCCUCUUCUGCAAUAGGAAGGUUAUCAGUCAGGUUGCCUGUCAUGUUGCUUGCACUCAUUUGAUGGCCUGCAAACUCGUACCCAAUUGUAGUAUUACGAUAGUAGAAAGCUAAAGGUCACUUUACUUACAACGAGGUAAACCUCAAUAUCGCUGUUAACGGGCCGUUAGUAUCUAAUUCAGUUUAAUCCUUGUACGUUAUUCAAACAUUGUGCUCAUCCUGUAUGUUGAGAGUAUGAAAUAAAUCAACCGUUAAUGUCUAACCACCCUAUGGAAUAUUUACUCCGAGGAACACAAACUUGUGCCCAGAGUAAAAUGGAGAGGACAGACUUCCUUUUAUAAAGAAGAUAGGUUACUGAUUGGUUAGGUAGGAGAAAGGCAAGUUUCCAAGUGUUUAUGAUUUAUACAGCCAAUUUAGAGAAGUUAAGAACUCUUCUGAAUUUCCCUCUGUCAUGAAGAAUCAUCACAGUCGCCAUUGAGAAUGUGAGUAAAGCACUUACAGGCGCUCGCACCACAAAUGAGGGACCGUCUGUUAAAGAAGUUACGUUAACAAGGUGUUAUUUGUUUUUCAGAUAUAAACAAAGUUCUGGCAGGUUAGAAUAGUGUAGAGGAAAAAGCAAGUAGUGUUAUGUGAGGUUUGUUAGACAGGAAUGCGAGGAUGUUUGUAAAAACUUUUGAGUGACGGUAAUAAACCGUGAAUUUAAAUGUAAACAUCUGUUCUGGGACAAUGGUAUUCUGGUCAACUUCAAUAUCAGGAGUACAAAAAAAGGAGAACACACUUUGCGAAUAAUGACAAGAAGUUUCGGUCAGGAGAUAUUGUGGAACAAAAUAUCCAAGAUUAAGGAACAGACUUAGAUAUGUACUGUUGAGUGGCGUGGAAUGAUGUUUUAAAGUACUUUACUUGUUAACUAUAAGUUAAGUCAUACUGUCCUGUAAGACCUGAGCCCCUUUUUUAAGCUUAAGUACCGAGAAGGUUGCUACUUGUAGUUGAUACAAGAAAUUUCUCCUCGAAAUUCAGUUGGCUUGUGUUACUUUUAGCUUCAUACGUAGGUGAAGACAGAGAAACACUCUGUGACAGCCUGGUACGGAACACCAUCGCCGUUUAUAACACUGUUAUCACACAGGUACUAUGACUUCUUAAUUCUUGGUAUGGUUUCAAACCAAACUUACCAGUCAAUCUUUUAGAGCAUAUUGCGGUAUUACAUUGAUUUUGUUUAAUGCGUUCUGUGGUUAGCCUAGAAACUCGCACUGCCCUUUUAACCCAGUUGCUAAUGUUGCAAACAGCUGAAAACUAAAACCAGUCGUAACAUGGUUACGCGCGUUUUUUGCGCACUGGUGGUUGUUUGCAAGAAUUUUUGAUAGCUUCUUAGAAGAGUUACUUUUGUUGUUUCUUUGGUUUUGGUUUUAUAACACUCAUUCCAAGUGCAAUCCAUAAAUUACCCUCGCUCGUUCACUUUCUAGCUACUGCCCACUCCAGCCAAGAGCCACUACACCUUUAACCUGCGUGACUUGUCAAAAGUUUUCCAAGGAAUUCUCAUGGCUCAGUCGGAGAAACUUGAGAACAAAGAAGAUGUGCUGAGGCUGUGGUACCAUGAGAACUGCCGAGUGUUUCAAGAUCGACUUGUUAAUGAUGAGGACAGGAAGUGGUUCGUGGAUCUGAUUCGGGACAAAAUGGCGUCUGGGUUUGAGUCGUCGUUGAAUGACGUUGUCAAAGAUUCCACUAUGAUUUAUGGUGAUUUUAUGGUGCCCAGUGCAGAGAAUAAGAUUUAUGGUGAAGUUGCCAGUUUUGAAAAGGUUAGUUACGGGUGGAAUCUAAUUUUGUUGGUUAAUUAAAUGUGCUGCUAUCAGGUAAUAGUAGCGAGUAGCUAUCGAUUAUCUACCGGCGGGUCAAUCUUUCCAUUGGUUUUCCAAUUUAUUUCAUUUUGUGGGUACUGGGUAAGUUAGUUGGUUGGUUUAUGAGACAGGCAGAUGGUUCCUCGUUCUCCCAGCUUUUCAGCUAUUGAUUAAAUGAUUCCGUAUGUCUAUCAUCCCGUAACGACAGUAUUCAUGUAGUUUUUAGGCCGGGCAUUCAUUGAGGUGAGCAAGUAAUAUUUCAGACCUUUUUCACCGAGCUCAAAAUCUACCAUUUUUUUUAUUGUGUUGUAUUUUGCCUCUUACUUAUGUUGAUCUCUCAUUGUCAUGUUUCCUCUCACACUCCUUGCUUACUUUGACAGAUGGUGAAAAUAAUGGAAGAGUACCUUGAUGACUACAAUCAAAUCAACACGGCGCAGAUGAAGCUGGUGCUCUUUACUGACGCAGUUCGUCACGUGUCACGAAUCAGCCGUGUGAUUCGCCAGCCGCUGGGUAACGCUCUACUUCUGGGUGUGGGAGGCAGCGGACGUCAGAGCCUGACAAGGCUUGCAGCCCACAUGUGAGUUAUUAAUGUGAAUCGAUUUUUUUGCGACGAGGUCGGCUACAGGUGUUUAAGUUCAUCAAGUUGGCUAGGAAUGCGAUGCAACAGAGCUCUUUAUGCAGGCAUAAAAAUUAGAUCUUCCGUCAAUUGUGAUUUUCAUGGCAAUGAAAAGAUUCUCUUUCUGACUUAAUAAUAAUCUCACCUCUUGGGCUCAUGUGCUGGUUUUUUUUUUAUUCAGGGCCGAAUACGAGUGUUUCCAGAUUGAGUUGGCGAAAAAUUAUGGUGUUCCUGAAUGGCGUGAAGACCUGAAAAAGGUGCUGCUGAAGUCAGGUGUAGAGAACAAAUCGAUGGUUUUUCUCUUCAGUGACACACAGGUAUGGGAAGAAAGUGGAGACGGGUGACAAACACUCUAACCAUGGUCUUGAGGGUUGCAAAAUAUUUGUGCGUUGUGCAUGCGGCGUGAGACUGAAUGUCUCAACGAAAACUUACGUUAUAGACCAAUUUUAAAUUUAAAUCCGAGAUUGCUUUUUUUUGCAUUACUUUGCUCUGCGAUUGGUCCAGAAAACUCGUGCCUCUCUCUCAACCAAUUAAAAAGAAAAACGUAAAACCAAUCACGACCAGCACGCUCGCGUUUUCCUGCGCUUUGUCAGUUCAAUCGAUUUUACUUGAGUUCUUACUGGCUCUUAAAGGUAUUUUCCUUUCCUCUGAUUGGGCGUUGUGAUUACUUUGGGUUUGGUUUUACUUUGAGUUCUUACUGGCUCUUAAAGGUAUUUUCCUCUCUUCUGAUUGGGCGUUGUGAUUACUUUGGGUUUGGUUUUUGUUUUAGUUAAAUUGAGGAUUGUUUAGGACGCGGUUUAAAUAACCAGACCAUUGUAAUCAACUUCAUUUUCAAUAUAAACAGAUUAAAAGCGAAAGUUUCUUAGAAGAUCUGAACAACGUUCUAAAUGCCGGUGAUGUACCUAACAUAUUCGCACAAGAUGAGCUCGACGCGAUCUUCACAGCUAUGAAGCCGGUGGUUCUUGAUCAGGGUCUUCAGCCCACCAAGGCCAAUCUAUACUCAGCUUUCACUAAACGAGUGCGGGCCAACACACAUACUGUUGUCUGUAUGAGGUAUGUAAGGUGUCCCUGUUAUUAACUUCCUUUAUCACUGGUUAAUCUCGAUUUGCAGUUUCUCUCUGAGGAGUCAUGAAGAGUCAUAAGUAAAGUAAUGUCCCUAGUGGUUUAAAUAUUGAGUUUUUUCUGCCCUUAAAUAUGGCUUUUUUUCCUUUUAAAAGACACCUUCUAAUACCAAUAUUGAUUUAAAGUAUUUUUUCCAAUCUUCGUCAAAUCGCGUGACGAUAAUUUCUGUGCGUUUUGGUUCAAGCAUAUCCAACUUAUUUCUGUACCAAAUUUGUAUGAUCCAAAGAAUUACCUUUUCUCUGUUGUUAUCUACAUCUGCCGAGAGGCCCAACCUUCAUUCCAUUACGAGCCAUAUUUGGGGCGUCAUACCUUCGUCUAGCAAUCAUUGAUUUCAUAUCAACCUGUAUCUCUUGUAGCCCAAUUGGUGAAAUAUUCCGAGCACGUCUCCGCCAAUUUCCGUCUUUGGUCAACUGCUGUACCAUUGAUUGGUUUUCUGCUUGGCCCAAGGAGGCCUUACGAUCCGUGGCGUCAACUUUCCUCGGAGAAAUUCCCGAACUGGAUGAAUCUUCGGCAAUGGAAGGCUUGGUAUGCCCUGAUUUUUAUCACAUGAAUUAUAUAUUUCAAGUUAGGAUCGGCCUACUCCAAAGAGACCGAACCUAGUAUCUGAAAAAAGAACGGAUGCAGAGUUUGUACCAUUUUUUUAUUCUGGCAAAAUCGGUCAAUCGUCCAACGCGACGAUGUGUCUUUCUAAGAGGUUGACAUUUACGUAGCUUUUAGUUUGGCAAUAAAUGCUGUGAUCUUUUUUUCAGAGCCACUACUGAUAUGUGUCUUCGAACUUGAAAAAAUCAAGCUCUAGUAAUCUGCAACAACGAAGUGUUCGUAAUCACCAUCGAUCUUUAAUAUUCUUCUUUUAAACUAUUUAUUGACCGACAGGUGUCAAUAUGUGGAGUCAUUCAUCAGACAGUGGCUGAAAAGUCCAAGCAAUACUUGGCUGAGUUGUCCCGUCACAACUAUGUUACACCCACCAGGUAAUGAGUUGAGACUGUUGGCUUUUAAUCCUCGGCGAUGUUAUACAUUGAUUACUAUCUGUACUUUUUUUUCAGCUACUUGGAGCUUCUAGGGACAUUUCGAAAGUUGGUGGGCAUGAAAAAGACGGAGUUGUCUACGGCGAGAAACAGGACAAAAGUUGGGUUGGACAAGGUGGGUAUAAUCGCACCAUUACUUCAGGCAAUCUUAGGAAGUCGCCUCAGAAUCAAUUUUCGGACGUCUUUCCGUGUAUUUAAGGAAAAAAGGAGCAGUAUGAAAGCUUUUACUAUUUUAUUUUUCAUUUGUUGAAAUUGAAGUAAGUAGAGUAAGUAAAGGAAAGGUCAAAGCUAUCGGUUUCAAAUUUCAUGCAUAAACAUUUUAUGAUUGAACUUCACUUAACAGAAGAUACAAAGUGUCAACAACUUACCUAGAUAUAUCAAAAACCCUGAAAAAAACUCGGAUAGUAAAUCAACCUAGCUACCAACCCAUAAUUUACAAACAUUCCAACAAGAGAAUAACGCGACUAGCGUAACGUUUAAUUUUCCAUCUGAAUUUCCGAUUUGCCCGUGUUAAUGGUUAGCACGCCGUGUCUCCGCAAACGAAGCUCUUAGCUUUAAUCUGAUUUUACUCUCUUGUUAUUUUUGUUGUUGUUAUUCAGUUGCUAAGUACAGCAGAUGAGGUGGAGAAGCUACAAGAAGAAUUGGAGACCAUGCAGCCGUUGUUGGCUCAGGCAGCUGAAGAAACUGUAGAGACAAUGGAGAAGAUUAAAGUGGACUCGGUAAUGAAAACUGUGCAUGUUGUGGAAUAUCCUCCCUUAUUGUCCCCUUAUUAUUAUUACCACGUAUUCGUAUGGUAGAUAAUUUCUUAUUCUGUGAGAAAAAGUCGUCGGUAUACCAUGAGAAUCAUUAUAAUGACUUUCCCGAGUGCUGUCACAAUACUCAUUUUUCCACGAGCUUUACGGGAGCAAAAAACAUCCACAAUGCUGCGCCAGUGGACUCUACUGGCUACUAUAUUUUUGAAUUAGCGGAUAUUUUCUUUUUUCAGAUCCUCUUCUGUAAACUUCCUUCAGAUUUCAACAGGCUCCCCCAUGUUCCUUUUACCUAGCAAAUAACAUCUAAAAGACCCGGUUGUAGAAAGGGUGAUUAGCGCUUACCCACGGUUAAAUUUUAAUCUGGGUUUCUAUAUUCCCUUAUUUAAAAGCUUGUUUGGGAUAAUUUUCAUCAUUCUUUUUAUAGCAUCCAAUCAUCAAAUUGUAAACAAAGAAAAAUUAUUCUGAAUUUUCUUUUGAAGCUUUCAGAUCUGAAAUCAGAUUUUACACCAAUACUGAGUUAUCGUCUUUAAAAACACAGCCCAGGGUGUACUAUACCUAUUCAAGUCCAUUGUCUCCUUAUUGUCUCAGUUGGUGCUAUUCAUUAUAAACGAUGAUAUUUUUCUAUCUUUUGACAGGUUGUUGCCAACGAGACUAAAGUUGUUGUACAGCGAGAAGAAGAGGAAGCCGCUAAAAAAGCUGCAGAAACCCAGGCCAUUGCUGAUGACGCUCAGAGAGACUUGGACGAGGCCUUGCCAGCACUGGUAAGAGAAAUUUCCAGCUUUGUAAAGUCUGCACAUUCUUCAGAUUUCAAUGAUUGUAAUUUCAGGUGCUCAGAGGCCUGGCGAUUUUCUUGGGUACCUGUUGAAUUUAAAUUCUAAGUGGUUCACUUUCGCUUUUAGGAAGCGGCCCUGACGAGUCUGAAGUCCUUAAAUAAGACUGAUGUCGUGGAGGUAAGAGACAUACUGAGAAACUUUCUUAUUUUCUCCUUUAACGUUUGGUUACCUAGCAAGUGUUGAGCAUUGGUUUCCUUGUUGCUAUGUGACAGGUUCGAGCUCUUCAGCGUCCUCCUCCAGGUGUGAAGCUUGUGAUUGAAGCUGUCAGUAUAAUGAAAGGCGUCAAGCCCAAGAAGAUUGCAGGAGAAAAGGUUAAUACUUUGAAGCAAAUUAGCCACACAUGAAAUUACGAAACGUAACGUAACGCAGUGUAACGGAACGCAUUACUACGCAAUGGAGAGUUGAAACGUGACGUUUAUGAGAACUGAAAAAGAAAAAGUUGAACUUUCUAGCAUCCUCUUUGAGUUCUAUUUUGUUGUUGGUUUUGUUUGUUUUUUAAAAGACUUUUAUUAAACUUAGUUUAGAGCCAGUUAUUAUCAAUCUUCAGUUAUAAAGUUUACAAAAUAUUUUACCAGGUGGUUUAUUGUUUGCUAGUCUGUUUGUUUUCUACUUGGUUGGAUGGAGAUCGUUUAUUGAGCAUUGUUGUUCUUGUUUUAUAGGUUGUAAUAAUUUGUUUAUUUCUCAUCCUUGUACUGAGCAGGUUGGGACAAAAGUAGAUGAUUACUGGGAGCCUGGCAAAGCUUUGCUUCAAGACCCUGGAAAAUUUCUUGAAAGUCUCUUCAAGUUCGACAAGGUAAAAAUACUUACCUGCAUAACGUCAACUUGAAACAUUUUUCUCAAUAUAGAUUGAUUUGAAUGGGUUCCAGUUCUCUCCAAAGUCACAGAUAUAACUUCAGAUUAAAUUGCACGACACAAAGUUCAGUUUCCACUUCGUUACAUCCAUUUUGAAAACGCACAAAUUAUUACCCUAGUACGGUAGUGAUAUUUCAUAUAUCCUUUAGCAGGGGAGAUGAAUUCAUAAAAGAGAACGAUUGGUUGUAUGGUUUUAUUGUGUUAUUCCUAUUGGCUGGGAGUAAAGAUGCUGCGAUUCUAUAUUAAAUCGCACUGCUAAGAGACAAUCAUGCAGAUUGCAAGGACUAUCAUUUAUUUCAAAAUGGAUAUGAUAAAGCUUAAUAGGUGCAUAAAACUAUUAUUUCAUUUUAAGGACAACAUCCCCGAUCCAGUGAUUCAGAAAAUACAACCGUAUAUAGACAACGAAGAUUUCCAACCAGCUAACAUUGCCAAGGUAAACCUGAAAACCGAUUAAACUCAAUUUAAGUAUUAUGAAUAGAUUUUUAGGCCUUCCUCACCGCUUUGGCCAUCACGCCGGAAAAACGUUUUUGUGUGUGUGGGCGUGUGCGUGUGCAUGUGUUCUCUUUAUUGUUGUGGUGUUGUUACAUCUUUCUAACGAUCUUUACAGUUUCAACUACUUGCACCUUUGCUUUCAUUAAUAAAAAAUCAUAUACACUUAUACAUUAAUUUGAUUAGCUUUGUUUCCAUCUGUCGUUCAGGUGUCGAAGGCGUGUACGUCCAUCUGCCAAUGGGUACGAGCUAUGCACAAAUAUCACUUCGUGUCUAAAGCAGUAGCUCCUAAACGGGUGAGUUAAUUGAUUACUAUGUCUUAACUUGUUAGUUUUGAUUCUUUGGUAACACCGCUGCCGAUUCCGCCAUGUGUCACCCUCUCUAUUUAAAACAGACUUACUGGUCGAUUUCCUGGCACCCUAAGACUAAAGAGAUCUACGUCAUAAUUUGUCUGUCUUGAAAAAUGUGCAGUCCUUGGACGUCUACCUGAUCUUAGACCAUCAUGGAUCUUUCCUUACAUCGGUGAUGUUUGUCUGCCCGAGCAAACUGUUUUUUUUUUCAAUUUUUUCAACUUGGCACCAAAAAUGGCCAUAAAUUACGCAGUUGACGAGUGUGUUGAUGGUGUGAGGAUGAAUUUUUCAGAAAUCAUUUUGAAUUAUCCAAAAUGAGGUGUCAUUUCAUAGGCUUUGCUGAAUUUAAGCCCUUAAGCGACAACAGCAGGAAUAUUCAGGAUGACUUGUCUUCCUCCGUAGGCUGCUCUAAAACAAGCCACUGAAGAGCUACAAGAAACCCAACGUGUUCUUGCGGAGGCUAAAGCUCGGCUGGCCGAGGUGGAGGAAGGCAUCGCGUCCCUUCAGGCCAAAUACGAGGAGUGUAUUGCCAAGAAACAGGAAUUAGAGUUUAAAACAGAACAGUGCUCGGCCAGACUUGGUCGAGCUGAAAAGGUCAGUGUUACAUGGUGUUGCGUUGAAAACUGAUCCAGCUGUUUAGUAUGUCUUAUAAGAUAACAAAGUAGCGAAUCGGUUUGACUACAUUUGUAUCAGAGGGGAUCUCCUUUAAUUAUCUCAGUUUGGAUUGGACCAGAUUUUUCAGUUCUCAGACUCGCUGGUCUUAUACGAGCGAUCAGUUCUAACAAAUUUAAAGCAGCCUUUAUUUUUUUUAGCUCUUUUCUAAGUCAAACUGAUGUGUUUUGUCUUGCUCUGGGGCCAGUCUUGUUUGUUUCCUGGGGUCGCGGUAACUGGAUACUGUCGAAUUGUCGAAUAAUUUUCUGAAGAACUGCUCGCCUGUCAUGAAAUGCAACGUAUCUGAGAAAAAGAAUUAUUAAUUUCAUGCAAUACGUGUUACAGAAGCUGGUAGACCUGUUAUAGGCAUUAAGCUUGCAGUUAAUGAAUUGAUCUUUGUCUCCUCGCAAACUUAUGCCCCGGUGAUCACUAUGUAUAUGAGUUUUUUUUUUUUUUUAAUGACCCGUUAUGGAGCGCGACGUGAAUAUUGUUAUUCGUGAGGUAGAAACAGUCUACAUUUUACUUUCCUAUAACACAGUUGAUUGGUGGCCUCAGUGACGAAAAAAUCCGCUGGCAUGAAUCAGUGCUGUCAUUUGAUGGUCAGAUUGUAAAUAUUGUUGGUGACGUCAUGAUUUCAUCCGGGGUAAUCGCCUACCUUGGCACUUUUACGGUGAGUUUGAAAUAACUAUUAUUCACAUGCCAAUAAUGUGUGGGGUUUUUUUUUUAAAGGAAAAAAAGUUCCUUUUUCAUUUCAAAAGAAUUCGUUCGAAUUUUGUCGGGAUAUACCAAGCCGUGGUAAGAAAAUAUAACGUUUCUUCUCAGUGUUGAUCUCUUAAAGAGAGUGUUGAUUUGGAAGCACAAGCACUCAUAGUGUAAUUUUCUUUGCGCAUAACCGAGAAACAUCAGGAAGCCUGACUACCAUAUUGACUUUCUAUUUAAGCAUUAAACUGAGGAAAUGUUUGUGUGUAAUUGCCGUGGCUUUAAUCACCUAUUCUUUUGGCUGGCCCCUUGUUUCUUUGAGAUUUGCUCUUAAUACGGUAAGAGCGAAUGGCAGGCUGAACCACAUAAUUUGUCCAUUCGAUAACUUUUAAUCAGUUUGGUAAAUUUCGUUUGUGGGGUUUUUAUCCAUUAAUAUGUCUUGAUGUCGUUAUUAAAGAUAUCAAAUUUUAACCAUAAUUUUGGCUGAGAGACAGGUUGUGUUGCUUAGCUCUGUUGAUAGUAUAAAUUUAUAAUUUUAAUUUCAGUAAUCGACACCUUACAUACACUCUGUGCCCAUGAUUAAUCUUGAAUGCAUUAAUAAACCUUUUUCGGUUGAGAGAAAGAGGAAAGUAGAAAUGAUCAUUAUCCUGAAUUUUACAUAAACUAAUCCGCAGGUAACGAAAUUAGAAACAUAGAUAACCGGUUCGGUUCAUCCUGGGAUAAUCAGAUUCUCGGAAAGAGACAGUCAAAUUAAUCUCAUGGGGAGGCGUUAAUAAAAAGUUUUUUCUUCUAAAGAAAAUGGCUUUUUGUUUUGUCUAUCGUAAAAGAUUUUGGGUUGAACACUUCCUGCUAAUUUGACGAUUCAGUAGACUCCCGCAGUUCAUGAACACUCAGGAGUUGAGGGAAACAUCUAUUAGGAGUGAUCAAAUUUGCUCUAUUACACUGCUGGCAGUUCAACCUACAUAACGAACGGUAAUUGUGUUUUAAUCACUCUGAAGUGUUAUAUUUUCGUACAUAACUCCUACACACUUGCAGAUUUUCCGAGCUGCCUCUGUUUUCUUGGAUGACUUGCAGUAAAUUUUUUCAAAUUUAGGCUGAAUUAAAAAGGGUCAGAAACUAAAUGCAAAGUAGUAAAGAAUCAUGAUGUCGACUAAAUCGCUAUCUUACCCAUUUUCAUUUCAUCUUCAGUAAACCUUUCCUCCUUUUAAUUACAUAAUUCUCAAUUCACAUCAGUGCAAAUAGUGUUUCGAUGCCUGAAGGCCUUUCCUGUUCUUGAAAAGCCUUCGUAGUGUUUAUUCUUUGAUCUCACGUUCGCCGAAAUUUAAUGAUUCAGGUUUUGAUAGCUCCUGUCUUCCUUUCAUGAUGAUAGUUGAGAAAAUGAAAGGCUUGUUAAGCUUUAGAUAUUAAAAACUCCACUUGAAGUUGAUUCCUAUCAGCUCUGUUUUAUCGAUUUUUAGCGGGAAGUGUCACAGACCAUGAUAUUUGCUUUCAGAUUUUGCAGUUAUUGCACCGGUCUGUAGCUGUUUACUGUUUGAAGUAGAUAAAAUUUUCCUAAAAAUAGAAAACUUCGAAGGCUCUGAUCAAAAUGCUAGCUGUAUAUUGAAAUUAGAAUUCUUAUGUAUUCAGGUUUCUUCUUUAUCAAGGGUGCUUAGCAGUACCCAAGGCUUUUCCCAAAGUUUUGUAUGUUUGACAGAAGGUUUAAUUCUAACCGGAUUUUUAAUCAAGAUUCCAUUUCCGACGAGGUGAGAAUGCAAUUAAGCUUGUCAGCCACAUUAGGAUAAAGUGACGGCGGUGAAUUGCCGCAAUUCAUCAAUUUAUUGACAGAAGCAUGUGAAACUUUCCUCUUGCACAAGACCGUUUGAAGAUAGCUGAGUUUCAAAUUCAGAAUUGUCAGGUUUCUUUUAUUUAUAAGCCAGUGUUGCAAUAUUCAUAAUGAUUUCACGUUAAGAAGCUUGAUCGCGCUGUUGUUGGAAACUGACUAACAAAUUGAAAAGCGUCAUCUAUUCAACUCAUAUUGAAGUGCAAAUGACACUCUUUGAACAGCUGCCUGAGCUUGUGGUUUCUCUAUGUUCCUAGGCAAACUAUCAGGCUUUCAAUCUGGCACGUCGUCAGCACGUUCUAUUUAAAGCCAGUGUUGCAUCGUUAUUCAGUGCCAAAGAUAGGAGCGGUAAGGUUAAACUGCACAGUGGAAGUCAGGCCCAAGCACGGGCUGGAUCUAAAAGCUGAACAGUUUGACAGCCAUCAAUCAAAUCUAAUCCCUUUUUUUCCUGAAAGAGUCGUCGAAGACCAUCAUAGUUAAGAUCUAAUUGAAGACACAUUGGAUUGUAAAGCUUAAUCGCACGUCUUUGGUGUCCGAUCGAGUUUUCAGAGAUGACUUUUGGAGGGAAUUCCUGCGAUGGGGUACCAGCACCUGAUACCCUUCCAUUCAUAACAGCAGCUCUCUCUCUAGGUCUCGCUCUACUCACCAUACCAGGUAACUUUUUAGUUUGCUUGGCGGUGUGGAAAGACCCCUACAAAUGCUUGAGGACGCCAUUCACUUUCUUUGUGAUAAAUCUGGCCAUUUCAGAUCUGAUCGUGGGCAUGGUGGUGGAGCCGUUAUCGAUAUACAUGCAUUUUCGCGAGGGAUUUUCCCUGAAGUUGAAUAAUGUGUGGUCUAUCCACAUGUCCUACUUCAUCUCUUGUACCGCAUCCGUACUGAAUCUCGCAGCCCUGACAGUUGAUCGCUUCACAGCGAUAAGUCAUCCGUUGCAGUAUCGAGCACGACUCACCAUCACACGCGCCUGUAUAAUCGCGGCUGUUAUUUGGCUGGUCUCGUUCGCUUUGCCUUUUAUUUACUUCGAAGUCGGGUAUUUGCUUUAUACAUUUGUCUUCGCAAACACGGCCAUAGCGUUUACUUUGAUCAUAUUUCUCGCGACAUAUGUUGGAUCCUUAAAAAGUAUGAGAGCUCAGGUUAUGGAGUGGAAUAUGCUGCGGGAUAGUUCGCAAACAGAAGAAAACCGAGCAAAAAUUAGAGCUGCGGCUUUUGAGAGGAAUAUCACACAGGUGUUUGUUGUUAUGUUGGGGCUAUUUUUGUGUUGUUAUACGCCAUCGCUUGUUAUGAUAUACCUUAUGAAUCUGUGCUCGUCGUGCAGUUGUUACACAAUCCACAUUUGUCGUGAUAUGCAGUUCAUCUUUGUACUGUGUUCCUCGGCGUUGAAUCCUUUCAUUUACGCCUGGCGUUUACCGAACUUCCGAAAAGCGUUUAUAAAGAUUCUGCGAUGGCGUAAAGGAAACCAAGAAAUAGCUCCUGCAAACACAGUAAGCAUGGGCAAUACUGCCACGUCAACCGUGGAAUCCGCCUGACUGAACGAUUGGAACGAUUUCACUGACAAAUAGUUUCACAAACGGCAUCAAAACUGGUGAAGAAAGAAUAAAUACUUGUUCAAAGAAGGGAGAAAUUCGCGUGUAGCGAUGAACAGCUUGCGAGCCGGUUGCAUGGUACUCUAAAAAAAAACUGUAAAGCAAUCUUCGUUGCGUAACACAACAGCUCACCGCCAUGGUACCGUCUAAGCCAGCUGAAGGUAAUAAGCUUCCCAUCUUUGAAUGAAAGAUUCUUAUAGUCUCUUUAGAUACAAAAAUGGCUUUUGGUGUGAAAUCCUUUCUUUCAAGGAAAAAUAUGUAAAGGAACUAACAGCAUCUGUGAAUACGCCAAGUGUGGGCAAAUUGAUUGAAUGAUUUCUCUGAAUAAUGCGUGCGAUAACACUGACUAGUCGUUCAGUUCAUGACGAGAAAGUCCUUGUGGAGUGAUCAACAAGCAAUCUCCUUCAAGUAGUCGCAAAACUUAAACAUUUGAAUCUAUCUUCAGGUCAUGCUCUAUUUAGGCUGUGAAGGUCUUAUUGAAGUAAGUUUUUCUCAUUUUGGCCACAGGUGAGGCUUGUGGGAAGAAGAUCAAAUUUCUUUCCCCAGCUAAAAGCUCUCAAACCGCUUGCCUUGUUUGUGUUUAAUCAAGAUCACAAAUGGCUGGCCCUCGCUUUAAUGGCUAGGAAACCGAAAAAUAUUAAAACUUUUGUCCCUUUGCUGAACACUCAUUUUCAUGCCGUCCCAGCCAGACUUUCGAAGUUGAACAAACCUCUAAGUGUAUUUUUGUCAUCCGUUAGUGCCGCAGUAAUAUCUGCAAGGUUUGAUUGAUUUUAUUUUUUGCUGGAUUCACUGGAGCUCAAUAAAGGAUAAGUACAAUUUUUUGUUGUCGGUUGAGCGCCGCUUUAAUUUUUUUCUUGCAAUUUGAGUACACUGUAUAACGAGCUAAAUUUGCGAGCAGCUGCAGUUUGGUGACAUAAAAUUGGGAUUAGCCACCCAGAUUUAGAACUCAAUUUGAGAAAAAUUCGUCAUAAAGAGUCAAUUUCUUGACUUUUUCACGAAAUUUUGGACGCAGCUUUGCUGAAUAAGAUGAGUACGUGCUCUGAAUUGUUCCUAAAAUAAAUACUUAUUUGCAUUUGCAAGUAAAAUUAUCUUUAAACUGCUUUUUGUAGUACUUUGAUAAAUUGAGUUCCGUACUGUAUACAAUAAAUCUCGCAUCUAUUCAUCUGUAAAUGGUCAUCAGGAGAGGAAAAUGAUUUCCAUUUUUAAGCGAAAGUGACCUGUUGAGAAGUCUGUUGUUUACCAUAAUGCUCAAGUCAUAAUCAUUGACAUUGUGCCCUUUGGUCUGUUUGCUAUAUAUCCUCGGGCAGGCGUCAUUGGGUCAUUAGCUCCUAAUUAGUACAACAUGGACAAGCAUUUGAUAAAAUUUUUUCUUUCUCAAAAGUGAGUAGGGUGACUUUUAACAGAUGUAGAACGUGUCCAAAAAUCGUCUCCCUUUUUUUUAACCGUUAAAUUUCAUCUUGACAACAGUAUCUUUUUUUGUCUCUAUUGGGGGAUUUUUGAAAGUUGAGCUAAACAAGCCCUUUCAUUCGCAUUUACUCAAGCUGUCCACCUGCAAGACCGAUUAUGACUUGCUUCUCUCAUUUUCUUUAUUUUGAAAAGACGUUUGAGGUCAUAAAAUAUAUAACACCCAUUUCUGUUGGCGUAAUUAUUGAUUCAAUAUUUUCCCCACGUUUCCUGCAGCUUUGUCUCUCAGGGGGAGCGGUUAAGUUAUGGUUUUACUGACGUUCUGUAUUGUUGUGUUCCGUAGAAAGCAAUCGGUUCGUCGAGAAAAUUUAAUUUAGGAAGAACAUCGAGUGUAACGUAAACGGGAAUAUUGCUAUUCAAAAGGUUCAGCGUGACCGAGUGGUAAGGUGUUGGUCCUGUAUUUCGGUGGUCACAGGUUCAAGCCCCCACACUGUAUUUGUUUUCCGUGGGCCCCAAGUUUACCCAUUAGCUCUGCCUUGCCAAAAUCUCACUGGUCUGCCUCCUUCCUUUUCAUGUCUUAUUAUAUUUUGUGUUGUCCUUAACACUAGCAAUCGGCUAUAGUUAACGAAGAAUAUUUUAUAAUUGUGGUUAAUAAUUAUCAUUAUCAUCGUCAUUAUCAUUAUCGUUCUCGUUAUCAUUGCCGUCAUUGUCAUUGUCAUUGUCGUCGGCAUAGUGUUAAUCCUUAUCAUUUUUUUCAUCUUUUUAUCAUUAUCAUUAUCGUUAUUGUUGUCACUGUCGUUGUAACUUUCAUUUUUGUUGUCAUCAUUAUUAUCAUAUUUGCCAUUGGCUUUGGUGUGGUUAUUGAUUUUAUUAUCAUCAUUACGAUAAUGUUAUGAUAAAGAGGACCCAGCCAUUUCGAUCACGUGACGGGCGAGAAAAAAUAUGCGACCUUCCUACCCUUACGAUCCGCGUAGACUUGACAACAUUAGUCUCUCCUAUCUCAGGGCGAAUACCGCGUGUCAAUGGUUGAGGAAUGGUUAAGAGAAUUACGUGGUCUGGAAAUCCCUCACUCAGACAACUGUUCACUCGUGCCAACACUUGGAGAUCCUGUAAAGAUUCGCAACUGGCAGAUUGCUGGUUUGCCCCGUGACACGCUGUCUGUGGAGAAUGGUGUUAUUGUGCAGUUCUCUCAGAGGUGGCCACUGUUUAUUGACCCUCAGGGGCAGGCUAACAAGUGGAUUAAAAGCUUAGUAAGUUCAUGAGCUAACCAGGUUUUGACAACUGCAUUGAUAAAUGAUCGACGGUUCAUAUGUCACUUUGUUGGAAAUCUCACGCAAUUUUAAGAUGGUAAUGGCUAGUUAUUAAGGAACAGCCCAAUUUUAGACCAAGGAUGAAAUAUAAUAGUUUUGAAUUGACGAGAUUGUAAGCCUCUCACAAUGUGGAAAAGUACUUUAUUUCAUGCAUACUAAGAUUUACAUUGUGAAGUACUAUCGUUCGUGUCUCUGAUUAUACGAACGAUACAUUUUCACAGUCAUUGCGCUUCCAAUCUUUGAAAUAUGUCGGUCAGUAAUAAGAAAAUAUCUCGGCAUGUAUCAAAUACUCGCUGCGAUGAAUCAAAAAAACUCACUCGUUCGUUUUUUUGAUGCACUUCAACUCGUGAAUAAAAAUCGUUCGUGUGCACUUUCCACGGAGUAAUCUCUAUUUACCAACUCCACAGAUUAUGCGAAAACCAAUUUCUUUUCCGGACAUGUUUUCCGUCAGUUUAAGGGUUUUAUAAUUUGUUAUCUCGGCUGCCAACUUCGCUCUGAUUUAUCACUUAUUCAUUUGCGUGUUUUUUGAUGGCUUAUUUGCUUUUCUUAUUAAGAAGUGCCUUUUCAUUCUUGCCAGAGACAAUUCAUAUCACUGAAUAGGUUUGCUUAUUAGGUUAAAUCCAUUUCCUACUUUGUUUUCAUAACUUUUGAUUUUGGUUCCUGUAGGAAAAAGACGCCGGUCUUGACGUAAUCAAACUCAGCGACCGAGAUUUCUUACGAAGCUUAGAAAACGCUGUGCGUUUCGGUAAACCGUGCCUGUUAGAAAAUGUUGGAGAAGAACUGGAUCCAGCUUUAGAACCUAUAUUGCUAAAACAAGUAAGGAAAUGAUUGAAGAUCAAUUUAAAAGGUAGAGAUCUGAACACUGCUCAAAAUGAAAAUUUCAAUUUCUGGGAGGUUCAAAGGAGAUUCAUUCGCCAUCUAAAGUUGCCGCUUUGUAACAUAGCCCUUAUCCGUUACAUGAACCUUCUUUACAGCUCAGUGUUAGAUAAAAUUUUAUUUGUGAACCUCUGACUCGCUUGUGUAUGGCCUAAAUCAAAAACGAGUCUUCUUUAGCUCAUUUUCAAUGUACAGCAUCCGUCCACGAGAUCGAAAGGCCCAUGAUUCGUAUCCUUCGGAAACUAAGAUUUCUCCUUAAUCCCCCUAUUGUGACCAAAGGUUAUUAUGAUUCUCUCUUCUUUUACUGCUCUUUGAGUAUCCUUUAAAAUAUGCUCAAAUAUAAACCAUAAAAGAAUUUUAAAACUCAACUAAUACCGAUUGCUCAUAUGGUGAAACAUUUUUGUGUUUCAGACAUUCAAGCAGUCAGGUAGUACAGUGAUCAAGCUCGGAGACGCCAUCAUCCCUUAUCACGAUGACUUUAAGUUUUACAUUACUACAAAGCUUCCUAACCCACACUACACUCCUGAAGUGUCCACAAAGGUCACUAUUGUCAACUUCACUCUUUCACCAGGGUAGGUAGAAUGGUAGUGGUCACUAAAAUCGCUUUUGUCAAGUCAGAUAAAACGAACAUAGUCGAUAUGUUAUACAAACGCGAAAAACAAGCGAAUAAUAACAAUAAUAAAAAAUAAUUGUGUUUAACAGUAAUUGAGUAACAUUGUUUCUUAUUGAGCAAUUUUCAACUAAGUGUCGAAUGCAAUACCUACUUCCCUAGGUUUUUAUCCUCCUCCUUCCUAAUAACCGAUCUGCUGCAAACUGAAGCUUAUCAUAUCCUGCUGAAUCAUCUUCCUUACCACACCUAGUUUGCUUGUUUUCACCUUGGGUACUCACUUUUUUCCCUUGUGAUAUUAAGGUUUGUUCUGAUUGGUUACUGUAAUUACUGCGAUUUUGGUUUUGUGACGCUCCUCAUACUUGCAUUCAUUCCGCUCUUCAUAUCGGCAACUUUCAUGCUGUAUCCAAAUUAAUUUCUUACUGUGGGCUACGAAGAAUAAGCAUUAUAUUGUUAUGCAGGUCCUGUUUCUCUCUUGAGCCGAUUCUCAUAAUACUUGUAACUAACUGUCAGUUUUUUUUUCGUUUUAUAGCGGUCUUGAAGAUCAGCUUUUAGCUCUAGUGGUUGCUGAGGAGAGGCCUGACUUGGAAGAAGCCAAAAAUCAGUUGAUUGUCAGCAAUGCAAAAAUGAAACAAGAGCUCAAAGAGAUUGAAGAUAAGAUUCUCCACAAACUAUCGGCAUCUGAAGGCAGCCCUGUGGAUGACAUUGAUUUGAUUCAUACACUGGAACAGUCUAAAGCCAAGUCCAUGGAAAUCAAGGUAAAUGGGGAAACUUCUGCUCUGUGUUCUUUGUCCUGCUUUAAAAAGUAUUUAAUUGAUAAUGAGAAAAGUUCCAGAUCCUUUAAAUCAGCGGUGUCUGCGACCUGUGGAAGGAGAUGUCGGUGUGCGGUAGUCAGAAGAUAUACAAACUUAACCCUUUGUCACAAAAUUACGCUUGUGCGCAAGGGAUAAUUUGCAAAAUUUAUUGCUGAGUAUUGUUUGCGUCUUAGGGGGAUUUAGGGAAUUAGGAGAACGAAAGAUGGUGUUAUUAACACUCACUCCGGCCUUGGUAGUAAAUCAGUUGAUUGGCUCAUCGUCUUUCCCAUUGCACGCAGGCAGCAUUUGUCAACUGUCUAAGCGAGCCAGUUUUUAUUUGCCACGUAACUGAUGUUGAAAACUUCAAACGUAAGACGGCGUCAAUACUGUACUAUUAUUUAUAUUGAGAUUCUUUUUAGUCUUCACUACAUUGGUAAGUGAAACUAUGUCCGCCGUUUCAGGCUAAAGUGGUGAUUGCAGAACAGACUGAAAAAGAUAUUGACGAGACACGUAGUCAAUACAUCCCUGUAGCUGUCAGAACUCAGAUACUCUUCUUCUGUACUUAUGACUUGGUAAGUAUUUCCUUUUACAUUUCUAGAUGACCCGGAGAUCACGUGACUGCCACCUUUAAGUCUAUCACCAAGAAUAUCCUAUCGCAUCCUCUACCGGAAAUUAAUAUAUGUACAGGGUUGCUUAAGGGGUUGAUUCACAUGGUGAAAACUGAAAAGAAAGGACCUGUCAAACUAAUCUCCCCGAUAGCACUGCUUUUUAAGCUUUAUUUUCAUUUAUUUUCCAGGCUAACAUAGACCCUAUGUACCAGUACUCUUUGGAGUGGUUUAUCCGCAUCUUUCUUAACAGCAUAGCAAACGCUGAAGCGUCAGGUAUGUAGUUUGAUUUUUUUCUCUGAAACUUUUAGUGUAACUGCGUGUCAAGCUUUUGUACAUAUUUCUUUUUAUGGUCGUUUAGUACAUGACAAUUUUUCUGUUGGUUUUAUCCUCUUUACAGAUAACUUGGAAAAGCGUAUCGUAAACAUCAACGACUAUUUCACAUUCAGCUUGUACUCUAACGUAUGUCGCAGUUUGUUCGAAAAAGACAAACUUUUAUUCUCAUUCCUCGUGUGCGUCAGAAUCCUGAUGAACGACAAUAAGAUUAACAUGGUGAGCACUGAUACCUUUACCUUUUAGUAUCUGUUUACUUUUUGAAAAUCUUUUCUUUUUUAAAGCUGGCAUACUUUUCUCUUUCAGGAUGAGUGGCGUUUCCUAUUGGCUGGUGGCUCUGCUAUUCCCAAGGAGAUUGAGAACCCCGCCCAGGACUGGCUGUCAGACCGGGCCUGGUCCGAAAUACUUCGACUUCCAGUGUUGGUAAGUCAUAUUCAGAAUGAAAUAUCGUACGUGACAUUGAUAUGGGCGCAUAGAGGUAAUUUUCAUCUUUUAGUGGAACCUCGAAAUAUUUACUCCGCAGUAAAGAAAAAAAAAAUAAAGAAAGAAAAGGGAUGACCCAAGAAGAAACUGAUUUUUGUAGGAUGGCGAAGAUCAACUCUGAUUGCUCAUUAAGAGCUUGACAAAUUUUUAAGCCAAGGUUCUAUAAUGGUCAAACCGUGACGUCUCUCCUUGAAGACAAGUCUUCAUUCCGCUCGAACGAUCGUACGCUAACUGGAAUGGUUGAGGUUCACAACAAAAAGAAAAUCGUGUCUAUGAAUUCCCAGUGUGUCUGCUUAAUUUUCACCCUCGCUGCGGUUCAUAAGGAUUUCGAUUGACAUUUUAACUGGUUCACCAUUUUUGCUGGAUAAUGUAAGUUUUCUAAAAAAAGGCUUGGUUGCUUAAUUUUAGCUCUUCAUUUAAUAACUGUUGUUGCUUCUUUAUCUAUUUCAGCCUAAGUUUGCCAAUUUUGCUGAAGACUUCAAGAAUCACAUAGAGGGAUUUCGAAGAAUGUUUGACAGUGCUGACCCUCACCGGUUAGUUAUUUAUUCACGAAUCACUUUUCAAUUAUCACUAAAAAGAAAAUGGAUUGAAUUGAAACAGAGAGGACAAUAUUUGAUACUGUUAAGACUUUGCUUUCUUUAUCUCUCUCUUUCCUUUUAGUCUUUGUUAGUUUGUUGGUUUUUCGGUUUGUAUGUUCGUUUUUGCUUUGGUUUUACGGGUCUAUCAUCCUUUUAAAAAAAGUAGGUCAUCAUUUCUUUUUCAUCACCUAAUCAUACUUAGUUGAAUGUUUUAUUUCUAAAUCCCCAUAGUGAGCCGUUGCCUGAACCGUGGAACACUGACCUGGAUUCGUUCCAGAAGCUUCUUGCGUUGAAAUGCUUGAGAGCUGACAAAGUUACUAAUGCAAUGCAGGUACAAGAAUUAAAAAAUACAUCGAAGUGUGGUGUUUUAAACAUGUCAUUUUGCCCUUUAUAAGACUGACUGAUUGUUUUACUUUCUUAUAGGAUUUUGUUUCUGAAAAUCUUGGCCAGCGGUUCAUUGAACCCCAGGUAACUUUUGAUACCUUUGUGUUGACGGCGUGGUCAGUUUAUCCUAAAAAAAAAUGCUGUCAUCUAGAAGUUAUAACUUAAAAUGAACGUAAAUCUGAUUUUCCUCAACUGCAAGACAAACUUUAGAAUUCCUACAAACUUUUGUUUUUUAGACGACGGAUUUGUCUCUUGUGUUUAAAGACUCGUCUCCUACCACUCCACUCAUCUUCGUGUUGUCAGUCGGAACUGACCCAGCCGCAGACCUGUAUAAAUUUGCUGAAGAAAUGAGGUUUUCAAAGAAGCUUAGUGCAAUUUCUCUCGGCCAGGGUCAGGUGAGUGGUCAGCUUUUACUACUCUUCGAAUGAUUUGAAUCUUACUCUUUUAAAAACUUCAUCUUCAGGUGCUUUUUCCUUCAAAUGUGAAGUGUAAAAUGUCCUUUGCACGAAGUUACGUUUUAAGUCAUAUAUUGAAAGGGGUAAAACAUUUAGUCACCUAUGCAAUUUCCAGUGCAGAAAGAUUGUUUUACACGCUUUUGUGACUUAAAGUCGCCUCGAUAAGUUGAAAUUUGUGCAUCUGAUAAGAAGAUGAACUGUCUACUGGUUACAUGUUACCACCUGCUCGGAUAUUGGCAAAACCGAAAAAAAUAUACAAAGUCACUAUUUAGAAUGGCAAUUACAUUAUAAUGAGUAGCUUUUUUAUACUCAGACUUGCACUUCUCUUUUUCUCCACAGGGUCCUCGCGCAGAAGCUAUGAUGCGCUCGGCCAUGGAGCGCGGAAAGUGGGUAUUUUUCCAGAACUGUCAUUUAGCCCCAAGCUUUAUGCCCAGUCUUGAAAGACUCGUGGAGAAUAUCGAUCCAGACAAGGUUAGCAGCUAUUAAGAUUUUCUGAACUAACAUCAGAAAGUUCUGUCGCUCCCCAGUUUACUGAGACUAGUAUUAUUUCGUAUGUCUCCGAACAGGUGCACCGUGACUUCCGCCUGUGGUUAACCAGCAUGCCAAGUCCCAAGUUUCCAGUCUCUAUUCUACAGAAUGGUUCAAAAAUGACCGUGGAACCUCCGCGGGGGAUUAAAGCCAACUUAUUGAGAUCUUUCAUGGGAUUUAGUGACGAGUUCUAUGCAAGUUGCAAGAGGGUUAGAUUGAAAAAACGUACUCAUUACUGUAACUUCAUUUGCUAAACUAAUACCCUCUAACACAAUUGAAACUUUUUUUCCCUUGAUCCAUAUUCAGGAAGAAUUCAAGUUCCUUCUUUUCUCGCUGUGUCUUUUCCAUGGGGUCACCUUGGAGAGAAGGAAAUUUGGUGCUCUGGGUUUUAACAUCCCGUACGAGUUUACCACUGGAGACUUAAGGAUUUGUAUAAGUCAGCUGAGCAUGUUCUUAGAGGAGUACGAAGAGGAAAUACCUUUCAAGGUAAAUCAUUUCACUUAUUCCUUAACGUAAAUAAUUCAUUAGCCAUCUCCAACAUCUUUAAAUCAGUCAAACGAUACUGAUGUGGUAUAUCAAGUUCUUUUGAUGUCGGAAGUGUCUCUUCGAUUAGACUCAUUCAGUGAAUUAAAAACGAUCCAGGUCUAGUUUCAAAAGUUAUGUUUACAAUCAUGCACCUUACACCCGGAACCGUAAAAUGAGCUUAAAACCGUCAUUUUGGAAGGACUUUUUGUAGUGUGCCACUGUGCAAUGCAAAUCGGAUAUAGAUGUGAUACAUCUCUUAAACUGCAUUUAUGUUUAAAAGUACAUUAGAAAUAUAGGCGUUAGUUUCCAGCGGACCCCUAAUUCAUUCUAGGCGCCUGUGUUUUUUUUACUGACUGUCUACGCCUUAAUGAUAUACACAAAAAAAUUAAGCGCGUCUCAUUGGCUGAAAACGAAUGCAUUUUUCAUGUAACACGAGUGCUAAGUUGUAACACGAAUGCAAAUUACAAAUAGCGCGCGCGCUACCAAAAUUUCGUUUGUCUGUACUUUCUGCGGUGCUUUUUCAUUUAAAUAAUUAUCAAGUGACAUGAUUUCUCGUGCAAUUUGGUGUAAAUGAGCACUUGUCAAUUUUUCAGACUACAAUUUUGUUGUCUUUGAAAAUUUACUCCAGCAUAUUACAUCAAAUUGCACUCAAAAUCAUGUUAUUACCUAUAAAUAUCUCAAGUAUUUGUUUCAUUUGCUUUUGUCGUGACUUUUUUCAGGUCCUAAAAUAUACUGCUGGACACAUCAAUUAUGGCGGUCGUGUUACCGAUGACUGGGAUCGCCGGUGUAUAAUGAACAUCUUAAAUGAUUUCUACUCACCUGACGUGCUCAGCAGUGAGCACAAGUUCUCCGAUUCUGGAAUUUAUCACCAGCUUCCUCUAACAUCUGAUCACGAGGUAUUUUCAGUGAUGUGGCCAAGUUUAAUUUAUGCUAUAUACAACUUUUAAAAUCUUUCCAAACGGACCGAACAGAAUGACCCAACUUUACUUACGAACCAGAGUGAGAGCAUCCAUUUGACAAAUGAAAGACUUUUCACUUGACUCUGAUGGUGACUAAAUGAUGGUGUAGCAUAGGGAGUGGGUGGAAGCAGUUAUAGAGGAUAUUAAAAGUCCCAAGGUUGUUUAAGGAACAAAUGACUCACUUUAAAUCCGCCAGGGCACCGAUUACAGAGUAAUUUAUGUAACGUUUUGGUUUCCUCUUUUACGUAUAUCCCUGGUUUGUUUUAUCGCUGUCAAGUUGAAUGAGGCAACUCCUACUGGUGUGAGAGAAAAGUUCAAGCGAAUUACAUCGAUACUCUAUUAAAUUUAUUAAUCUGAUAGAGAUAUAUGACAUCAGUCUCAUCCAUUUUUUUUGUACGUUAUGAAAUAUUUUUGGAAAGACACGGUGGACUCACUCUUCUACUUGUUACUACGCUUCAUUUCUUGUCAGCAUUAUCUUCGAUACAUUCGUGGUUUACCAAUCAACGAUACUCCAGAGAUAUUUGCUCUUCAUGACAACGCCAACAUCACUUUUGCUCAGAACGAGACGUUCAGUUUACUUCAAGGAAUACUCAAGAUGCAGCCACGUGCGUCAUCUGGGGCGGGAAGGUCGCGUGAAGAGGUUUGUGUGUAAUAGGAUCUUCUCCCAACCUCUGUGGCGGUCGAAAAUGAAAACCACUGAAUAUUAAGUGCUCAGAGACAGCCUUAAAUUGGUCAUUUUACAAGUUUUCAUCUAGCUCUCUUAGGGCCUCUAAGGAUAUCAGUUUUUGUAACUGUAGGAGUUACCCUAACCAAAUAAAAGCAUCUUCUUCUACUUCUUCUUCUAAAAAUUGAAAACAAUUGUAUAGUUGGAGGUAUAUGCUGUACCUGCAUACAUGGUAUUACAAAAAAAAUUACAAACUACGGAAUCAGUUUGCUUGUCUCUUAAGACAUCCAGCUGGAUUGAAAUUUAUCACGUUUUUUAUGUUUAGGUGAUGGAAGAGGCUGGCCGCAGUAUUCUAGAGAAGGUACCUCAACCUAUUUCGGUUUCCAUGGUGAUGGAAAAACACCCUGUGCGGUACGAGGAGUCGAUGAACACGGUUUUAAUCCAAGAAGUGAUUCGUUACAACAAACUGUUAGAGACCGUCAGACAGACAUUAAACGAUCUGCUUAAAGCACUCAAGGGUCUGGUGGUGAUGUCACAGGCUCUGGAGACAAUGGCAAACAGUAUCUAUAUUAACUCCGUACCGGAAUUAUGGGCCAGUAAGGUAUGCAAAAAAAUUGGUAUCUUCAUAGGUUUGAUAAAUCUUUUGUUGAGUUAGAAGUUUGUAUGGAGUGAAAUUAGAGCUUUGUUCUGUUUAACGUCCGUAUCUUUUUAUCUUUUACACUCACUUCCUGUCAGAAAGUUAUAAUGAAAGGAUGUGUAAUUAUCAGUUGUGUGAGUUCCUUGUGUUUAAUCUAGCUUACUCUCCGUUCGUUUCCAGGCCUAUCCGUCAUUAAAACCGCUGGCGUCCUGGGUAACUGAUUUGGUGGCUCGAGUUCAAUUCAUUGAUAAGUGGAUUGAACAUGGAAUACCUCCAGUAAGUUUUAAUUACUCUAUGCAGAAAUUUUAGUGACAUUGCGUUACCUUUGCUAAUAGCUCUGUUUUCUUGGCAGGUUUUUUGGAUAUCAGGUUUCUUCUUCCCUCAAGGAUUUUUAACCGGAACUUUGCAGAACUUUGCGAGAUCUUCUUCGAUCUCAAUUGAUGUGAUCACGUUCGACUUUGAGGUAGGCCUGUUUAUCAAGAUGCUACUCUCCAAAAAAGCCAUGACUUCUUUUUCGUAUUAAGAACCAAUUUUUCACUAGGCUGACAUUUCAUCUCUCUCUAGGUUAUGAAGAAAACCGAAGCAGAGUUAACCUCUCGCCCCAAUGACGGAUGCUUCAUUCGGGGUCUCUUCCUCGAAGGUGCUCGAUGGGACUACGACAAACACGAAUUGACCGAAUCCCGACCUAAGGAGUUGUACACCGACAUGCCGAUCAUUUGGUUGAAACCAACGGCGAACCGAGAGAAGCCGAGCAAGGGUAUCUAUGACUGCCCAGUGUACAAAACGUUGACCAGAGCUGGUACGUGAAAUUUAUCGUUCAUACGUAAACGAAGAGCAGCGAUCUCUAAUUUUUGAGAGCAGUGGUCUCUCUGUUUCAGUGAAACAAUCACCAACUUCAAUGACGUUACAACACCAUGCCGUGGCCAAUGACCUAGCUCCUUUGACAAAUUCUCCGCUUCAGAAUAAUGACAAGUAAGUUAUGUACUAAUUUUGAUCAAUCUUUUCUUGAUUUUAAAGGUACACUAUCCACAACAGGCCAUUCCACAAAUUUUGUUCUUCCAAUUGAAUUGCCAAGCAGUCAGCUGCAGCGCCACUGGAUCAAAAGGGGUGUGGCACUCAUGUGCGCUUUGAACUAUUAAACUUCUUUACGUAGAGUCGAACAAGCCGUGAGUGUCAUAAAAAAGAACGUUUUUCUCGCCUGGUUUUCGAAAAAUUCCAGAUUUUUAGCUAUUUGCUUCCGUUUCAUUUUUGUUAACGGUUUAGUCAAAUUACAUAUCGUGUUUCUUCGCCUUUAACUUUUUAAAAAGUGACGUUUGUAUGAUAAGCUAUAAGUUAGUGGGUCAUACGAUCCAAACGACAUUGCGACGAUUGCGAGUGUAAAUAGUUCCAUAUUUUUGUACGUUGUUUGUUUUUCUCAGGUUGGCAACGUCUCUUUCGUGUGUUUGAAUGCCAGUUCAUGCGUGAAUUAUAAUUUAAACAAACUGCUUUUCAAGUUGAAUCUUAUUCAUAAACGGCACAGGAAGAACGUGACAUAAUGUUUUGUAAAUAUUAACUUUCACACCCAGUGCUACACUGUCAAUUAUGUUUGAAU